UGUCUGUCUGUCUGUCUGUCUGUCUGUCUGCAGGGUGUCGACCACCAACAUGUCAACACAGGCGCCGACGUUCACGCAGCCGCUGCAGAGCGUCGUGGCACUAGAGGGUAGUGCCGCGACGUUCGAGGCUCAAGUUAGUGGUUCUCCAGUUCCUGAGGUGAGCUGGUUCCGUGAUGGCCAGGUUCUUUCCACCGCCGCUUUACCCGGCAUUCAGAUCUCGUUCAGCGACGGCCGCGCUGUUCUGAAGAUCCCCGCCGUGACCGCCGCACACAGUGGAAGAUUUUCUGUCAGAGCAACCAACGGUGCUGGACAAGCCACGAGUACCGCCGAACUCCUCGUUACAGCCGAGACGGCGCCGCCCAGCUUCCUUCAGAGACUGCAGAGCUCCUCGGUGAGACAGGGCAGCCAGGUGAGGCUGGACGUCCGAGUCUCCGGCAUCCCGACACCCGUGGUGAAGUUCUACCGAGAGGGAGCCGAGAUCCAGAGCUCUGCCGACUUCAGGAUCCUCCAGGAGGGAGACCUGUACGGCCUGCUGAUCGCCGAGGCCUUCCCAGAGGAUUCUGGGACAUAUUCUGUGACCGCCACCAACAGCAGUGGACGCGCCACCUCCACCUCUGAGCUGCUGGUUCAGGGUGAAGAAGCCGUUCCAGCAAAGAAAACCAAGACGGUGAUUUCAGCCUCUCAGAUCUCUCAGACCCGUCAGACCAGAGUGGAGAAGAGGAUGGAGGCCAGUUUCCAGGCCACCGCCAUGAUGGAGAUGCAGGUGGAGGGCGCCGAGCUGAUUCAGCAGCUGGCUCACAAGACUCCGCCCAGAGUUCCUCCCAAACCAAUGUCCAAGUCCCCGACUCAGUCCUCGUUGGUCGCCAAGGUGGCCGGAGGACGCCAACAGUCACCGUCACCCGUCAGACACGUGAAGGCGCCCACGCCGACGCCUGUCAGGCCUGCCUCUCCCACUUCAAGACUCUCAGUCUCCCCCAUCAGGCCCGUCAAGUCCCCCAUCACCGCACGCAAGCUGGCGGCCGCCGCCGGUGACGUCCUCCCGCCCUGGAAGCAGGGAGACUACGUGGGUGAGGCCAGCUACACCAGCAUGACCAGCAUGACCAGUAUGACAAGCAGCACCGUCACCCAGCUGGGCCAGGAGCAGCGCUGGGAGCAGCAGGUCACCGGGGUCAAAGAGGCUGAGGGAGGGAUUAGAGCCGGGGCCGUGGCCAAGGUGGUGGCCGCCGUCGACCUCGCUCGUGUCCGUCAGCCGGUGCAUGUCGAAGACGAGGAGACUGAGGCUGUAGAGGGAGAGUUAAGGCAGCAGGCCGCCGCCGCCGCCGCCAUGUCUGCUGAUCAACAGUAUCGAGCCAGCUGGACAACAACAAGAGAGCAGGCUGGUCAGAUGCUUACUGCUGCUCAGGAGGUUACACCUGAACCAACCGUGGCGCCGCCUCAGAUUCAGACAGCGACAGAAAUGUCUUCCCAUGUGGACACUGGUCUCGCCUCGUCCCCAGUUCCACAUUUCACAGUUUCUAAAGUUUCUGUCCCAAAACAUGAGGCUAGCACCGAGGUUUCCAUCGCCGGCUCGGCGAUCGCCACUCUGCAGAAAGAGUUCUCUUCAUCCUCCGCCGCCGCUAGAAAGAUCAUCAAGCCCGUCAAGUCUCCCAGUCCGUCUCGUACGAUGGCGGAGACCAGAGGGACGCUGGAGGCCGUCCCCCCGCCGUUCAGAGAGCAAUAUCAGAGUCGUUUUGGCUCUGAGUUACAGACGGGGGUGGUGUUCUCGGGGGGCAUGGAGAGAGUUUAUGAGGACUGGGGAGCCCAGGUGAUGGAGGCAGCAGCUGUACCUGCAGGCGGCGGCGUGAUCCCCGCCACACUGGUGUCGGGCCUGAAGAACACGAAUGUGACGGAGGGCGAGUCGGUGACGCUGGAGUGCCAGAUCGGCGGUCACCCCACACCCGUCAUCAUGUGGUUCAGAGAGGACUACAAGAUCGAGAGCUCCAUCGACUUCCAGAUCAGCUACAAGAACGGAUUCGCCCAGCUGGUGAUCCGCGAGGCGUUCGCCGAAGACAGCGGACGCUUCACCUGCACCGCCACAAACGAGGCAGGAACCGUCAGCACCUCCUGCUACCUGCUCGUCCAGGUGUCCGAAGACAUCGAGAGCAGAGAGGAGAUCGCUGUCGUCGUCACCGAACACGUUGAAACAGCUGAGAAACUAGUAACCGAAGAAACCAAAGAACAGGUGAGCGUGGCCGAGUCAGACGCUGCGGCCGCCGCUCCCUUCUUUAUGAGAAAGCCAACCGUGCAGAAGCUGGUUGAAGGAGGAAGUGUCGUGUUUGAAUGUCAAGUCGGGGGAAGUCCCAAACCUCACAUCAUCUGGAAGAAGAGCGGCGUACCGCUCACCACCGGAUACAGAUACAAAGUCGCCUACAAGAAGGAGUCUGGAGAGUGCAAGCUGGAGAUCUCCAUGACCUUCGCCGAUGACGCCGGAGAAUACUCCGUCUUUGUCAAGAACCAGCUGGGAGAAGUCUUGGCCUCCGCCCAUCUGCUGGAGGAAGAGGAAUACGAAAUCUACAUGAAGAAACAGGAAGCAACCUUUAAGACUGAAGUGACCGCUGUGGUGCAGGAGCCCAAAGUGGGAGAUGUUCCCCCCAUUGUAGUUACAACAAUGGAGCAGAUGACCACCACCAUUAUCUCUGGACAGGAAUUCCAUCUUUCUGCCAUUGAGCAGAGGAUCAUCCAGGAGAUUGAACUGUGCAUUAUGAAGAUCACAUACAGAGAGAUCGUGACGGAGGACGGAGAGUUGAUGGUGACUGCAGACCCCACCGAGGCGGUGCAGCCCACCUUCGACACUCCCGUCAAAAACUACAGAAUCAUGGAGGGAAUGGGCGUCACUUUCCACUGCAAGAUGGCUGGAAUGCCACUCCCAAAGAUUGUUUGGUACAAAGACGGCCAGCGUAUCAGGGCCGGCGACCGAUACCAGAUGGAGGUUCUUCAGGAUGGACGAGCCAGCCUUCGUGUGCCCGUGGUUCUGCCAGAAGACGAGGGCGUGUACACCGCCUUCACCACCAACAUGAAGGGAAACGCCGUCAGCUCUGGGAAGCUCUACGUUGAGCCGUCCGGAGCUGUGAUGCCUCAGAGAUACACCCCACAGCCGGCGAUGCAGAGGAUCAGGUCCACAUCUCCGCGUUCUCUGAGCCGCUCUCCUGGACGUUCUUCCAGCCGUUCUCCCGGACGUUCUCCGGCCCGCCGGCUGGACGAGACUGACGAGGCUCAGCUGGAGAGACUCUACAAGCCCGUGUUUGUCAUGAAACCUUCCUCAUGUAAAUGCUCUGAGGGGCAAACCGCCAGGUUCGACCUGAAGGUCGUCGGCAGGCCGAUGCCCGACACGUACUGGUUCCACAACGGACAACAAGUGGUUAGCGACUACAACCACAAGAUCGUGGUUAAAGAGGACGGAACCCAGUCCCUGAUCAUCGUCCCAGCCAUGCCUCACGACUCUGGAGAGUGGACCGUCGUCGCUCAGAACCGAGCUGGACGGUCGUCCAUCUCCAUCACUCUCACUGUUGAUGCUAAAGAAACCUUGCUGCGCCCUCAGUUUGUUGAGAAGCUGAGGAACAUCAGUGUGAAGCAGGGCACUCUGGUUGAACUGGCUGUCAAAGCCAUCGGAAACCCCCUACCUGACAUCGUCUGGCUGAAAAACAGUGACAUCAUCAGCCCACACAAGCACCCACACAUCAGGGUUGAAGGAACCAGAGGAGAUGCCAAAUUCCAGAUUCCCUUAGCAGCUGGCUCAGACAGCGCCUGGUACACCGCCACAGCCAUCAACAAGGCUGGCAGAGACACCACUCGCUGCAGAGUCAACGUGGAGGUGGACUAUGUUGAACCUGAACCAGAGAGGAAGCUCAUUAUUCCCAAAGGAACCUACAAAGCUAAAGAGAUUGCCCCUCCAGAGCUGGAGCCCCUCCACCUGCGAUACGGUCAAGACCAGUGGGAGGAGGGCGACCUCUAUGACAAAGAGAAGCAGCAGAAACCACAGUUCAAGAAGAAGCUGACCUCUGUCCGAAUGAAGCGCUUCGGUCCGGCUCAUUUCGAGUGCAGACUGACCCCUAUCGGUGACCCCACCAUGAUGGUGGAGUGGCUGCACGACGGGAAACCUCUGGAAGCUGCCAACAGGCUGCGCAUGGUCAACGAGUUCGGCUACUGCAGUCUUGACUAUGAAGUUGCGUACGCUAGAGACAGCGGCGUCAUCACCUGCAGAGCUACCAACAAGUUCGGCGUCGACCAGACCUCGGCCACCCUGGUUGUCAAGGAUGAUAAGGGUCUCGUUGAGGAAACGCAGCUUCCUGAAGGCAGGAAGGGAGCACACCGAAUCGAUGAGAUAGAGCGCAUGGCUCACGAGGGAGGACCCUACGGAGUCACUGCUGAGGAAGAUUCUGAGAAAAUGAAACCUGAGAUUGUCCUUCUUCCUGAACCAGCCAGAGUGGUGGAAGGCGAAACAGCACGAUUCCGCUGCAGAGUGACCGGUUAUCCAUCACCCAAGGUGAACUGGUAUCUCAACGGACAACUUAUUCGCAAAAGCAAGAGAUACAGACUUCGUUAUGACGGUAUUUACUACCUGGAGAUCACUGAAAUCAAAUCCUAUGAUUCAGGAGAGGUCAGAGUAGUGGCUGACAACAACCUGGGCUCAGCCGAACACACCGUGAAGCUGGAGAUUCAGCAAAAAGAGGACUUCAGGACUCAUCUGCGCCGAGCCCCAGAGGGUAAGGCAGCUGAGGCCGCACCCGAACCUGGAAAAGUACAAUUUGAGGUGGUGAAGGCUGACAUAGCCACAGAUGACUCUCAGCUGAAAGAGGUGGUCAAGCUGAAGAAGGCCCAGAGAAAUAUCCACGAGAAAUCCACAGAGGAGUCAGACGAGCUGAGGGGCAAGUUCAAGCGCAGGACAGAGGAAGGAUAUUACGAGUCCAUCACCGCCGUGGAGCUCAAGUCACGUAAGAAGGACGAGUCCUACGAGGAUCUGCUGAAGAAAACCAAGGAGGAGUUGCUUCACCGCGCCAUGGCGAAGGAGGAGGCUGAGAAGAAGAAGGAAGAGGAGCGCCGCAAGAUUACAGCUAAAGCUCUAAAACCAGAGAGGGUCAAGCUGUCAGCUAGCAUGGAAGCUCCUAAGAUCCUGGAGCGUAUUACCAGCCAGACAGUCAACCAGGGCGAUGAAGUCAAGUUCAGGGUCAGAGUGGUCGGCAGACCAGAACCCGAGUGCCAGUGGUUCAAGAACGGAGUUCAGCUGGAGAAGUCUGACCGUAUUAACUGGUACUGGCCUGAAGAUCACGUGUGUGAACUGGUGAUCAGGAACGUCAGAGCCGAGGACUCUGCUAGUGUCAUGGUUAAAGCAUCGAGCACCGCCGGAGAGACUUCAAGCCACGCUUUCCUGCUGGUGCAAGGAAAGCAAGUCAUCACCUUCACACAGAAGCUGGAGGAUGUCAACGCCAAAGAGAAGGACACCACGGCGACCUUCGAGUGUGAAACCAAUGAGCCUUUUGUUAAAGUCAAAUGGUUGAAGAACAACGUGGAGAUCUUCUCCGGAGACAAAUACAGGAUGCACUCUGACAGAAAGGUUCACUUCCUGUCUGUGCUGAUGAUUGACAUGAGGGAUGACGCAGAAUUCAGCUGCGUGGUUAUAGACGACGACGUCAGUACAACUGCCAAGCUCAACGUUGAAGGAGCUCCGCUGGAGCUCCUGAAGCAGCUGGAGAGCACCGAGGUUCCCGAGACGUAUUCUGGAGAGUUCGAGUGCGUCGUGUCCCGAGAGGACGCCGAGGGCAGCUGGUUCUUUAGAGAGAAGCUGCUCUCUCCCAGCAGUAAAUAUGUCAUGUCCUCCCGCCGUGGACGGCACACCCUGUCCGUCAAAGACGUCAAGAAGGAGGACCAGGGAAAAUAUACUUUCAAAGUGGGCGACUUCAAGACGAGUGCAUCGCUGAAAAUGAAAUUGCGUCCGGUGACCCUGAUGCAGCCUCUGACUGACCUGACGGUCUGCGAGGGCGACAUCGCUCAGCUGGAGGUGAAGUUCUCGCAGGAGAACGUUGAAGGAACCUGGAUGAAGACCGGCCAGCCGGUCGUGGCCUCCAGCCGCGUCCACAUUGUUAUCGACAAACAGAUCCACAAACUCCUGAUUGAAGACACCAUCAAGGACGACCAUGGGAUCUACUCCUUUGUGGUUCCCGGUCACGAGAUCUCAACCUCUGCGAAGCUCGUUGUUCAGAAAAUCGGCGUCUUGGUCCCGCUGAAGGACACGAGUGCUGUUGAGGGCACCAAGGCCGUCCUGGAGACCAAGAUCUCCGCUCAGGACGUCCUCUCAGUCAAAUGGUUCCACAACGACAAGCUGCUGACGCCCAGCGACCGAAUCCAGAUGGUGGCGAAGGGAGCCAAGCAGCGCCUGGUCUUCAACAGGACCUACGCCUCCGACGAAGGACGCUACAAACUGGUGGUCGGCCGCGCCGACACCAGCUGUGCAUUCUCUGUUCAGACCGUCCAGAUCGUGAAACCGAUUAAGGACAAGCAGUGCUCCGAGUCUGAGAACGUCACGUUUGAAGUGGAGGUUUCCCACGAGGGCAUCGACGCCUUCUGGACCUUCAAGAGGCAGCCGAUCAAAUCCGGCGGCAAGUACAAGAUGGAGUCCAAGAAGAAGCACCACACGCUGACGGUCCUGAACGCCAUGAAGGAUGAAGAGGGCGAGUACAUGUUCGCCGCUGGUGAGAAGAUGUGCAGCGCUUCACUCACCGUAACAGGUGGCGCCAUCAAGAAGCCCCUGCAUGAUCUGGUGGUGGCGGACUCCCAGACCUCCGUGCUGGAGUGUGAAGUCGCCAACCCCUCCGCCGAGGGCAGGUGGCUGAAAGACGGCCAUCCCGUGGACCUGAACGAGAACACGCUGAGCGAGGUGGACGGCGCCGUCAGACGCCUUGUCAUCGUGAUCACCAAAGCCACCGACGUCGGAGAGUACACCUACCAGGUGGCCACCUCCAAGACCUCCGCCACCCUGAAAGUGGAAGCUGUGAAGAUCAAGAAGACCCUGAAGAACCUGAACGUGGUCCAGACUCAGGAAGCCGUGUUCAGCCUGGAGCUGACCCACGAGGACGUGAGGGGGGCGCAGUGGAUCAAGAACGGCGUUGAGAUGCAGUCCAGCGAUAAAUACGAGAUCACUAUUGAAGGCACGGUGCACACCCUGAAGAUCAAGAACUGCACCACGCAGGACGAGUCCGUUUACUCUUUCAAACUGGGAAAACUGUCGGCCAACGCCAGACUCAACGUGGAGACCAUCAAGAUCCUGAAGAAGCCGAAGGACGUGACAUCACUGUUGGGCGCAACUGCCGUAUUUGAGGUGGGCAUCUCGGAGGACGACAUCCCGGUGAGGUGGAUGUUCAACAACGUGGAGCUGAGGCCCAGCGACAGCUACAGGGUGCUCUCUGAGAAGAAGACCCACAAACUCAUCGUCCAGGACGUGGACAACAGCAAAGAGGGCGAGUACACCGCCGUGGUGGGCCACCUCCAGUGCAGCGCUCGCCUCAUCGUCGAGUCCCUGCGAGUCACCAGACCCCUGAAGAGCGUCCAGCUCCCGGAGACCCAGGUGGCCACGUUCGAGUGUGAGGUUUCUCACUUCAACGUGCCGUCCACCUGGCUGAAGGAUGGCGUGGAGAUCGAGAUGAGCGAGAAGUUCAGGAUCGUGGUUCAGGGGAAACUCCACCAGCUGAAGAUCAUGAACACCAGCAGGGACGACUCUGCAGAGUACACCUUCGUCUGCGGCAACGACCGCGUGUCCGCCACGCUCACCGUUAAUCCCAUCGUCAUCUCAACGAUGCUGCAGGACCUGAACGCUCAGGAGAAAGACACGGUCACAUUCGAGGUGAACGUCAACUAUGAGGGAGUCACGUACAAAUGGCUGAAGAACGGCGUGGAGAUCCGGUCCACGGACAGAUGCCAGGCUCGCUGCAAACAGCUCUCUCACACUCUGAGCAUCAGGAACGUUCACUUUGGAGACAGCGCCGAGUACACCUUCACAGCCGGCUCUGCACUCACUACCGCCAAACUCUACGUCGAGUCUCGCGUGGUUGAGUUUACUAAAGACCUGAAGGACCUGAAGAUCACAGAGAAGAAGAGAGCGACUUUUGAAUGUGAAGUUUCUGAGCCGAACAUCCAGGUGAUGUGGAUGAAGGAAGGUCAGGAGCUGGAGAUGUCGGACAGAUAUAAAAUGACCUCGGAUAAAUUCGUGCACCGCCUGGUUCUGCCGUCAGUCCGCAUGUCUGACGCCGGAGAAUACACCGCCGUGGCCGGUUCAAGCAUGUCCAAGGGCACCCUGGGAGUGGCGGGACGGGACAUCAAGAUCUCAGAGCCCGCUAGCAGGGACAUCACUGUCGUUGAGAAACAAAGAGCGACCUUCGAGUUCGAGGUGAACGAGGACGACGUGGACGGUCGCUGGCUGAGGAACGACGUGGAGAUCCAGUUCUCGCUGGAGGAGCGGUUCAACUAUGCCACCAUCAGGAAGCUGCACCGUCUCACUAUCUCCGAGACGUACAGGAGCGACGCCGGAGAGUACACCUUCAUCGCCGGCAAGAACAGGAGCACCAUGACGCUCCAUGUCAGACUGCCGGAGCCUCCUCAGAUCGUCCGCCAGGUGCAGCCCCAGACGGCGACAUCAGGUAGAUCGGUUCGCUUCUCGGUGCAGGUGAGCGGCCUCCCGAAGCCUCAGGUGUCCUGGUACAAAGACUCCCAGGCUCUGUCCACCAGCUACAAGUGCAAGUUCCUCCACGACGAAGACGAGCACACGCUGCUGCUGCUCGAGGUGUUCCCCGAGGACACCGCCGUUUACAGCUGCGAGGCCAAGAACGACUACGGAGAGGCGACGAGCUCCGCCUCUCUCUCUGUGGAAGUUCCUGAGGUGGUCGAAACCGUGGCUCGGGUGUCUGCUCCGGUCCUCAUCGCUCCCAUGCGGGACCUCCUGAUCACAGAGGGACACCCUGCCCUGUUCCAGUGCACCGUCUCUGGGGAAGAUCUGCAGAUUUCUUGGUUCUGUGGUGACAAAGAGAUCAGACAGUCAGACAUCUUCAGGAUGUCUCAUGAUGGUGAAACCUGCCGGUUGGACAUUUCCAGAGUUCUCCCCAACCACGAGGGAGAGUUCUCAUGUGUUGCCACUAACUCGGCAGGAAUGGCCACAUGUGCCGCGACUCUGAAUAUCGACGUAACUGCAGUGGAGCAGGAACCUAUGGUUCAGGUCCGGGAGGACGUCAAAGUGAAACCUGUGUUCAGGCACAGGAUCGUCCCCGUGGAGAUCAACAUUGGUAACGCUGCCAAGUUUGAAUGUGAAACUGAGGACGCUCCCAAUGUGAGCUUCAAGUGGUUCAAAGAUGGAAACCAGAUCAAAGAGGGCGAUAAGUACAGGAUUAUCAGUCGCUUCAGCACGUCCUCUCUGGAGCUUCUGAGCCCAAACAAGACUGAUAGCGGUGAAUACACCUGCAAGGCGUCCAAUCAGCACGGCAGUGACGAAUGCUCCGCCUCUCUCAAUGUGACAGAGCAUUGCCCUCCGGCCUUUCUAAGUAAACCUGACCCUCAGAUUGUGUAUGUUGGGAAGAGGGCAGAGUUACAGUGUGUAAUAUCAGGCUCUGCUCCUCUGAGCGUUGUCUGGCUCAAAGACAACCAGGCCUUACCCAAAGCAUCCACACACUACCAAACCUCUUGUGAAAGGAAUAAGCACACUCUUGAGAUAACCAAGCUUGAGCCGGCUGACGGCGGCCGGUUUGUGUGCAAGGUGUCUAAUGAUGUUGGGACGACUGAGUGCAGCACGGAGCUGCGUGUUAUUGAUAAGCCCAGCUUUGUAAAGCCUCUGGGUCCGGCCGCCGCCAUGGUCGGAGCUCCUCUGCAGCUGCAGUGUCAGGUGGACGAGGACACCGGAGUCACUGUCACCUGGACCAGAGACAGUAGAAAAGUCCACCAGUCUCCGGACUGUAAACUGUCCUUCGAGGAUAAGACGGUGACUCUUGAUAUCCUAAAGACCACACUGAAAGAUUGUGGAAACUAUGUGUGUACGGUGACAAAUGAAGCCGGGAGCGCAACGUGCUCCACCUCGGUGAAGGUUCAAGAGCCGCCGGUCUUUGUGAAGAGGCUGGAGGUCUCCACAGUCUGGAAGCAGGGCAGCACCGCCCGGCUGCAGUGCUCCGUCAAAGGAUCCCCUGAACUCCACACCACCUGGUUCUUUAACAACAGCGAGUUGUCUGCUGGUGGCAGAUACGACAUCAGUCUGAAGGACGGUGUCACGACUCUUGAGAUAAAGGACGUCACGUUGAGUGACAGCGGCAACUUCACCUGUGAGGUUCUCAAUGAGUCUGGGUGUGAAAGCUGCACCACUAAAGUAACAGUGAAAGAGCCGCCAUCUUUCAGAAAGGAGUUAGCGUCCUUAGAGGCGGUCCGAGGAUCCGUAGCGGUGUUGGAGUGUGAGAUUGUGGGUUCCGCACCAUUCGAGGUAACCUGGAAAAAGAAUAAGAAACAUCUGUCAGCAGAUAAGAAAUACAGAAUAGUGUCGCAGGGCUCGCUGAGCUCUCUGGAGAUCCACUCCUUUGAGAGCGCCGACGCUGGCGAAUACGAAUGUGUGGUAUCUAACGAGGUCGGCUCAGUGACCUCUAAGUCAUUGGCUAAACAGAGAGAGCCGCCCAUGUUCUCUAAGAGGAUUGAGAGUACAACAGCAGUGUUGGGAAAUACAGUGAAACUCCAGGGAACCCUAAAAGGCUCAGCGCCCAUCGCUAUCAAAUGGAUGAAAGACUCUGAGCUGCUCAGAGACGACGAUCCAAAUAUCAAAAUGAUAUUUGAGAACAACGUCGCGAGCAUUUCCUUCUCUUCUGUUGAGAUAAAACAUGGCGGCAAGUAUACUUGUUUUGCUGAGAACGAGGCGGGGCAGCAGAAAUGUGAAGCCGUCUUAACAAUUCAAGAGCCUGCUAAGAUCUUAGAGAAAGCAGCGUCCAUCAGUGUGACUGCGGGAGAUUCAGCCACGCUGGAGUGUACGAUCUGUGGAACCCCAGACCUGAAAGUGAAGUGGUUUAAAGACGGGAAGGAGAUGAUCAGUGGCCGUAAAUAUAAGAUGGUUGUGAAGGAGAACACGGCCAUCUUAAAGAUCCUCUCGGCAGAUAAAGGAGACACUUCAGACUACAGGAUGGAGGUGUCCAAUAAAGUGGGAAAAGACCAGUGCAGCUGCUCGGUCACUGUUAUAGAUCGUGCUGUUCCACCAUCCUUCACCAAAACUCUAAAGAAAGUGGAUGGCAGUAUUGGUAGCGAUGUCACCUUGGAGUGCAGAGUUGCUGGAUCUCAGCCGAUGGUUGUUUCUUGGUACAAAGAUCAGAAGGAAAUCCACAGCGAUGCCAAAUAUAAGCUGGAUUUCAGUGAGAUCACAGCCUCUGUGACGGUAACCGGCCUGGAGCAGACGGACGGUGGCGUUUAUACCUGCCGGGCCUCUAAUGAUGCCGGAGAAAAAGAGACUAGUGGUACUUUGUCCGUCAAAGAACCUCCGGUCUUCACGGUGACACCUGAAUCCCAGGACGCUUCACCGGGAUCAGAUGUUGUCAUAAAAUCAUCCUUUACAGGAUCAGCUCCUCUGGUGGUUAAAUGGUUCAGAGAGGAGAAGGAGGUUUUCACUAGGGGGAAGUGUUUCAUAAAAAAAGAUGCCUCUUCCAGCUCUCUAGAGCUUCACUCUGUGAAACCCAGUGACUCGGCUAAAUACACCUGCCAGGUGUCCAAUGAUGCCGGGAAGGUGGACUGCACCGCGGCCCUCUUUGUGAAAGAAGCUCCAACAUUUACAAUGAAGCUUGAGCCUUCACAGCUGCUGAGAACUGGACAACCUCUGAAGCUGUCCUGCAAAGUGCAGGGCACGCCUGUUAUUAGCAUCAGAUGGUUUAUGAACGGCUCAGAGAUCACUUCAGACCGCAGACGCUCGACGUCCUUCGACAGCUCAGUAGCGACUCUGGAGGUAGAGGACUGCUCUGUAGAGGACAGUGGAGAUUAUGUCUGUACGGCGUCCAGCGAGGCCGGCAGCGACCGAUGCAGCUGCUCAGUAACAGUGAAAGAGCCUCCAGCGUUUGUCAGGUCUUUCCAGUCAGCUGAGCUUGUAAAGGGAUCCGACAUUAUCUUGGAAGGAACCGUUUCAGGUUCCUCUCCGUUUGAAAUCAGUUGCUUCCUCAAUGAGAAGCUGAUCAGAAACGACAAAAGGCAUCAGAUGAGUGUUGAAAAGGACACGGUGACUCUUCAGAUCUCCCGCUGUGAGACCGGAGACGCUGGGACGUACCAGUGCACGGUCACUAAUGAGGUCGGGGAGACAUCUUGUUCUUGCCAGAUUACACUGAAAGAACCACCGUCCUUUGUUCAGAGAAUAGAGGACGUGUCCUGCACGGUGGGCUCUGAGCUCUCUAUGAAGUGCAUGUUGUCUGGAUCUCUUCCCAUGACUCUCUCCUGGAUCAAGGACGAUCAUGAGCUCACAGAAGACGAGCACAUUCAGAUGUCCUAUGAAACCAAAAGUGCCGUGUUGAAUUUGAGAAAUGCUCAGUUAUCACACGCUGGGAAAUAUGUGUGUCAGGCCCAGAACAAAGCCGGGACUCAGAGAUGUGCCGCCGUGCUCGUAGUCACAGAACGCACGGUCCCGCCAAACUUCACCAAGAAGCCCUCUGAGUCCAUGAUGGAUUCUGCGGGUAAGACGGUGAAGAUGGAGAGUCGGGUGUCCGGCUCCCAGCCACUGACGGUCACCUGGUACAAGAACGACAACGAGAUCUACGGCUCUGACAAACACGAUGUGAGCUUCAAGAACAACGUGGCCGUGCUGUGUGUCAGAGAGGCUACCGGCUCUGACGGCGGUGUUUACACCUGCGCAGCAUCCAACGAAGCUGGCAAAGCUUCAUGUCGGGUUUCUCUCACCAUCACAGAAACUGGACAGGCUCCAAAGUUCGACGUCCCUCUGGAGCCGGUGACGGUGAGCGAGGGCGAGAAGCUGAGCCUGAAAUGCAACAUCAGCGGCUCUCCUCCGCUGACCAUCCAGUGGAUGAAGGAUAGGAGGGAGCUGAAGUCAAACGGGAACACUGGAAUCACAUUUGUUGGGGGGACGGCGUGUCUGAAGGUCAGCCCGGUCUCAAAGAGCGACGCCGGGGAUUACCUUUGCAAGGCCAGCAAUGCCGCUGGCACCGAGUUCUGCAAGUCCAGGGUCACUGUGAGAGAUACAGGAGCCAAGGCGGCCCCCGCUGAGGCUGCCGUCGCCGCCCCCGCUGCAGCUGCUCCGGUCAAAAGGCUUGACAACCUUUUCUUCAUCGAGGAACCCCAAAACGUUUCUGUCACAGAGAAGGGCACUGCAACGUUCAUCGCCAAGAUCGGAGGUGACCCCAUCCCCAGCGUGAAGUGGAUGAAGGGCAAAUGGAGGCAGAUCACCCCCGGGGGUCGCAUCUCCAUCGAGCACAAGGGCCAGGAUGCCAAAAUGGAGAUCAGAGAGGUGACCAAGUCUGACUCAGGCCUCUACAGGUGCGUCGCCACCAACAAACAUGGAGAGAUCGAGUGCGGUGCAGAGAUGGAGGUCUCCAAGACGGAGGAAAAGGAAGGACUUGGAGAUAUAAGGACAAGACUGAAGAAGACUCCCUCGAAGCAAAAGAGUCCCAAGAAAGACGGAGACGUCGAUAUUGUGGAGUUGCUUCGAGGUCAAGACCCCAAAGACUACGAGAGGAUCCUGCAGGAGCACGGCAUCCACGACUACCGCGCCAUCCUGCAGGCCGUCGAGUUCCUGAAGAGGGAAAAGGAGAUGAAGACCGGCAGAGUGGAGGUGGAGCAUGGCGGCCGGGUUGAAGAGGAGGACAUGGCCCGGCUCAUCGAGCAGCUGGAGGGACGCGUCAGCACAGAGGUACCUCAAAACAGCUCCCCUAAACCCGUCUCUGUGAUGGAGGACAUCAGUGACCAGACAACGCCUGAGAACCAGAGCGCCACCUUCGAGUGCCAGAUCCGGAUUAACUACCCGGAGAUCACCCUCACCUGGUACAAAGGCACCCAGAAACUGGACACCAGCGACAAGUACGACAUCAGCAGCGUGGGCGAGCGCCAUUAUCUGCGCAUCAACAACUGCCACGUCAAAGAUCAGGGCAACUACCGCGUGGUGUGUGGUCCUCACAUCUCCAACGCCAAGCUCACCGUCACAGGAGCUGCUUACAAAACAGCCGAACAAAUUCAGUUCACUAAAUGCAUCAGAAGCAUCGAGGUCAAUGAACGCAACUGUGCCACCUUCGAGUGCGAAUUGUCCUUCGACAACGCUACCGUCACAUGGUACAAAGACUCGUGGGAGCUCAGAGAGAGCCCAAAAUAUAACUUCAGGACCGAUGGCCGGCACCACUUUAUGACCAUCCGCAACGUAACGGCAGAGGAUGAAGGCGUUUACUCGGUGAUUGCUCGUCUGGAGCCGAUGGGAGAAGCUCGAAGCACAGCGGAGCUUUACCUGUCAGGCAAAGAGGUUGGGUUAGGAAAGGUUCCUCAGGACAUCCCCGACUCGUCAGUUCAUGUCCCAGAAGCAGCGGCUCUGUUUGUUCGAGAUUCCUCUGAAUUUUAUCACUACGAAGAACGAUCAGAAGUGAAAGUUGAAGAAGAGACGGUUUCUGUUCGCUACUCCGCCGUCACAGCAGAAGCGAAGCGAGUGGUUGGAGAGGUGGUUGAGAGGACGGAAGUGGAGAGGAGAGAAGAAGUCCAUGAAGUGUCUGAGGUUUACAGGAGAGCCGAGGAGAAAGCUGUGGCUCCGCCUCCAGCUCCAGCAGAGAAGCCGCUGUCUGAGGUCACUGCCGCCAUCAGCGCUCCGGCUUGGCGAGAGGAGCCUCCGGCGCCAGAAGAACCUUCCGUUUACACGGAACCAGAACCUCAACCAGAGAAAGUGACCGUUCCCAGAAAGGUCACACCUGAACCGUAUAAACCAAAGCCUUCAGCCCCGCCAAAAACAGUUCCCGUCGAGCCUAAAGUAGCUCCUCAGAAACCGGCUACGCCUGAGCUGAAGGUGCCAAAAAUGAAGCCUGAACCUGAAGCACCGAAAGUUGAACCUGCAAAGAAAAAACCAGAAGCCCCUAGAGCGAGAGCUGUAGCCAAACCAGAGGAAGUCGUAGUUCAGCCAUUCGCUGCCAAGAUUACUCCACCAAAGACUGAAGAUGGUUUAACCAAAGCACCAGAACAACCAAAGCCUGAAGAACCAGCCAAGGUUCCUCCCUCGGCACCAGAACGUCUUCCAGCUAAAGUGCAAGAUGUACCCAGACCAGAGGAACCACAGGUUACUCCACCCAAGGCUGAAGCUCUUCCAACUAAAGUUGUCUCAGAACAGAAGACAUCUGAACCUGCAAGAAAACCGCAGCUGCUGGCUGGUAAACCUGAGCCAGAAGCACCGAGGUCUGUCUCUGAAACAAGACCAGAAGAACCAAAGAGGGUUCCAGAAAAACCUAAGGAGGGUCUGGAAGAAACAAAGAGGGUUGCUGCGGUGCCAAGGAAGGUUCAAGAAACACCAAAGAGGGUACCAGAAGAACCCAAGAAAGUACUAGAAGAACCCAAAACGUUUGUGGAAGAAACAAAGAGGGUUCCCGAAGCCCCAAAGAAGGUUCCAGAAGAACCAAAGAAGACUCCAGAAGAACCCAAAAAGGUUGUGGAAGAAAGAAAGAGGGUUCCUGAAGCCCCAAAGAAGGUUCCAGAAGAACCAAAGAAGACUCCAGAAGAACCCAAAAAGGUUGUGGAAGAAAGAAAGAGGGUUCCUGAAGCCCCAAAGAAGGUACCAGAAGAACCAAAGAAGACUCCAGCGGCGCACAAAGUGGUUACUGAACCACCAGUAGAGCAGAAGAAAACUCCAGAGGCUCCAACUUUAGUUCCAGAGGUUCCAACUUUAGUACCAGAGGAACCAGUGCUGCGACGCCGAGAACCAACACCACAAUAUUUGGAAACACCAAAGCAAAUUCCUCUGGCUAAACCGCGUCAGCAACAAGUAAAACAGAGGGAGAUACCACAGGAAACAACAGUACUAGCAAGAACAAAGCUGGAGGCGGGUACACCUAUCAAAGAUGAGGUUAUUCCUUCUGGAACAGUAUUAGUCCAGCCAAAGUCUAAAGAAACUCCACAGCAGAGAGUAGUGCUUGAAGACAGCGGCGAGUCGACUCUAAAGAGAGAGAGGAUUUCUCAGGCAGAAGAAGUUGGACAAAAGGAAGUCAGGACAUACGAAAGGGGAGUGGAGGUCAGGGAGCCCGUCGUGAGAGAAGAAAGCACUUUGAGAAGGGAGACAAGACGCAAAAUGGAUGAGGUUUCUACAUGGUACCGUGGAGGUCGGCAGGUUGAAGACACUGAGCCACUAGAGGACAUUGAUCCAGCGUACACAGAAUGCGAGGACUCUGAACCUCAUGAAGAAGACUUUCUAGAGGACAGAGCAGUGGACUGGAGGGAAGACUUGUCUUUGAGGUCUGUGUCUCCACCUCUAAAGAAAGCUGACCUUCUUCCAUCAAAAAGAGACGUCACGCCUCCACCUGAAACGACUCGUCCUACGAAGAGAGAAGUUCCUCCUCGUGACGCUGGAUUCACAUCCCAAAAAGAGAUAAUGGCCUACAAGAAAACUGCACAGGACAAGAAACUUGUGGAAGCGGACAUUCCUUCAACUUAUACCGAGCAGAAAGAAGUUACUGAACCAUUUGUAUUGGUACAUCAUGAAGAAACUGAAGAAGAAACUGUCUCUCCGAUGGAAGGUCUUGCUAAACAUAAAAUCUCUUCUAAAGAAAUCACUGGACCAAAGAAGCCUAGAGUACCUAAAGAAAUCACUCUCUUCAAGAAAGCUGACUCUGUUGAAGUGGAAAAAGUUCCAUCUGAAAGAUCCAUGCCUCGUAAGCCUGGACAAGACUUACCCCAAAGUCUUCCCAAAUCCACUCUUUCUAUGACAGCAGUUCCUCCCAAAGAAGAAGUAAUAAUCCAUAAAAAGAUGGAGUCUCCCAAAGCUGCAGGAGAAAUGUAUCUUGAAGACAUUGUACCUCUGGAGAAACUGACUCCUGUGUUGAGAGAAGUGUCCUUUGAAGAAGAACUUCUCCCAGCAACAAGAUCUGUACCAGCAAGUAGAGAAGUGUCACCUCCAGUUCCAGCUCAAACUCCUUCAACUGAGAAAAUAGUCUGUCUUGAGAAAGAAAUUUCACCACCAAAAGAAACUGUUCUGCCUACAAAGAAGACCUCUCCUGCACUCCACAAAGCCGUUGUUGCUCCUAAAGAAGACUUUCCCCCUGAAGAUGUGACCCUUCCUAAGAAACCUAUCACUAAAGCCAAGGUUGCUCCAACUCCAAAAUUCCAAGUUCCACCACAGAAGAAACCUCUAACCCCUGAAGAAGAAACUCUUCCUUCCAAGAAGCCUGCAUCUCUGGAACAAAAAAUAAUCACCGCCAAGCUGGAUUCUCCUGAAGAAACAAGAACCGCUGCAACUGAACCUCCACUAACAAGAGAAGAUGACAAGAAAGCAAAGAAGGGAACACAGGAGAGUGAACAACAAACUCUUCAGAAAGUGUCUCCUCCAGAGGAGAAGAAACCAUCUGCACCAGUAGCAAAGCCUUCAGCUGCUCCACCAGCUGCUCCUCCAGCUGCUCCUCCAGCUGCUCUUCCAGCUGCUCCUCCUGCUGCUCCUCCUGCUGCUCCUCCUGCAGUGUCUCCUCCAGAGGAGAAGAAACCUUCUGCACCAGCAGCAAAGCCUUCGGCUGUUCCUUCAGCUGUUCCUCCUGCUCCUGCAGCCAGAGCUGCUCCUCCUGCAGUGUCUCCUCCAGAGGAGAAGAAACCAUCUGCACCAGCAGCAAAGCCUUCAGCUGCUCCUCCAGCUGCUCCUUCUGCAGCCAGAGCUGCUCCUCCUGCAGUGUCUCCCCCAGAGGAGACGAAACCAUCUGCACCAGCACCAAAGCCAUCACCUCCUGCUGCUCCUGCAGUGUCUCCUCCAGUGGAAAAGAAACCGUCUCCACCAACACCAAAGCCUCCAGCAGAAACAGCUGCUGCUCCCACAGCUCGAGUUGCACCAGUGGUGAAGAAACCCUCUCCACCAGUCGUAAAGACUGAACCCUCUCCUGUAUCGGAGGAAAUCUCUCCGCCUGAAGACAAGGAACCAGUUUCAGCACCUGGACCAACUAAAGAUGGGAAACCGACCGAGGAGGCACCGAAAGGCCGAGGCCGAGGACUUGGGGCGAGACAAACUCCGUCUCCCGGAGACGGAGGCCGGGGUCGCGGCCUGAAGCCCGGUGGAAAGGGCCCGUCGCCACCAGAGGAUCCCUUCGGAGGGUUCAAGCUCAAAGCCGUCCCCCUGAAGUUCAUCAAGAAGAUCCAGAACAUCGUGCUGCAGGAAGCCGAGUCCAUCGGCUCGUCGGCGGUGUUUGAGUGUGAGAUCUCGCCUUCCACCGCCAUCACCACGUGGAUGAAAGACGGCAGCAACAUCCGCGAGGACCCCAAACACAAGUUCUCAGCUGAUGGCAAAGAUCGCAAGUUGCAUAUUAUUGACGUCCAGCUGUCCGACACCGGUGAAUACACCUGCGUGGGCAAGAAUGCUGGCAAGGAAAUCACGUGCAUGGCCAAGCUCAUCGUUGAAGAGCUGCCGGUGAAGUGGCUGAAGGAGCUGGAACCGGAGACGUCCUGUAUAAAGUCUCAGCCCAUGUAUUUGACCUGUGAGCUGAACAAAGAGAGAGACGUGGUCUGGAGGCGGAACGGCGCCCUCCUCAAGACGCAGGCUGGAAAGAUUGCCGUUAACAUCAUCGGCAUGCAGCACGCCGUGACCAUCCAGAACGCAACCGAGGCAGACACCGGCGCCUACACGUGUGAGGUGGUCGGACAGGAGGACGUCAAGACGACGACCAAUGUCAAAGUGAUCGAGAUCAUCAAAGACUGGCUGGUGAAGCCUCUGAGAGACCAGCACGUGAAACCGAAGGCCAAGGCCACGUUCAAGUGUGAGCUGUUCAAGGACACUCCCAACUGGAAGUGGUUCAAAGGAGACAACGAACUCGCUGCGUCCGACAAGGUGGAGAUCAACAAAGACGGACAGAACAUGACGCUCACCAUCAACAACUGCCAGCCGGACGACGUCUCCGACUACACCGUCGAGGUGGAGGACCGCAGAUACACGGCCAAGCUCACGCUGGGAGAGCGUGAAGCUGAGAUCCUGAAGCCUCUUGUCAACGUGGAGGUGGUGGAGAAAGAGGAGGCCAACUUUGACACGGAGAUAUCUGAGGAUGAUGUCGCCGGUGAAUGGAAGCUGAGGGGCCAGGUGUUGAUGAGGUCUCCGAGCUGUGACAUCCGAGUUGAAGGCAGGAAGCGUUUCUUGACGUUGAAGAACGUCCAGCUGGAUCAGGCCGGUGAAGUGUCGUACCAGGCGCUGAACGCCGUCACCACCGCCAUGCUCACCGUGAAAGAGAUCGAAAUGGGCUUUGUUGCUCCGCUGAAGGACGUUUCUGUGCCUGAAAAGAAACAGGCUAAGUUUGAAUGCACCGUCACCAGGGAGGUGUCAAAGGUCAUGUGGUUCAGGGGGGUGGAGAUCGUCACCCCGAGUCCUAAAUAUGAGAUAAUGGACGAUGGACUGAAACACAUGCUGAUCAUAAACAGCUGUGAGUUUGACGACGAGGCUCAGUACACCAUCGAAGUGUUGGGCCACAAGUCGUCGGCCCAGCUGGUGGUGGAAGGCAUCAGGCUCAGAUUCGUUCAGCAGCUUCAGGACCAAACGGUGAAAGAAGGUAAAACGGCUCGGUUUGAGCUGGAGCUGACGCACGACGACGUGCCCGUGGUCUGGUACCGCAACGAAGUGAAGCUCCACGUGAGCCGAACGGUGCUCACGCACGUGGAAGGAAAGAAACACAGUCUAGAAAUGAGGACUGUGACUCUAGAUGAUACCUGCCAGGUAAAGGCAGAGGCCAGAGGAAUGUACUCCAUGGCCAAACUGACCGUCAUAGAGGGCGACGCCGUGUUCUUGGUGAAGCUGCAGGACUACACGGCCACGGAGAAAGACGAGGUGUCUCUGGACUGUGAGCUGAGCAAAGACGUCCCCGUGGUUUGGUACCAGAACGAGAAGGAGAUCAUCACCUCCAAGCUGCUGGUGAUGAGGUCGGAGGGAAUGCGCAGGUCUCUGGUCCUGAAGAAAAUAGAGCAGAGCGACAAAGGAACAUACGUAUGUGACUGUGGGACGGACAAGACGUCGGCCAGCAUCAGUAUCGAAGCUCGUGACGUCAAGGUUGUUCGGCCGAUUUACGGCGUGGAGCUGUUUGAUGGAGAGACGGCUCGUUUCGAGGUGGAGAUCUCCGAGGACGACGUCCACGGCCAGUGGAAGCUGAACGGAGAAGUCCUCAGUCCUUCUUCUGAUGUUGACAUCAUCGAGGAGGGCGGCAAACACACACUGAUCCUGUAUAACUGUAAAGUCUCCAUGACGGGCAAGGUGGCGUACGCCGCCGCCAACGCCAAGUGUUCUGCUAACCUGAAGGUCAAAGAACUUCCUCUGAACUUCCUCACGGCGAUGAGCGACGUUCAGGUGUACGAGAAGGACGAGGCGAGGUUCGAGGUGGAGCUGUCGAGAACUACGAAGAGUUUCCGCUGGCUGAAAGGUUCUCAGGAGCUGCAGAGCGACGAGAAGUACGAGAUGAUCCAGGAAGGAAACAUGUACGUUCUGGUGAUCCGAUUGGCCGCCUUUGACGACGAGGCCAAAUACAUGUUUGAGGCCGAGGACAAGAGGACGACCGGCAAACUGGUCAUACAAGGUAUUCGUCUGGACUUUGUCAAACCGAUUAAGGACGUGACGGUGAAGGAGCGCGAAACAGCCGAGUUCAGCGUGGAACUCUCCCACGACAAGAUCCCGGUGGUCUGGUACAAGAACGAUGUCCGCCUGCAUCCCAGCAAGGUGGUGCACAUGACGGAUCACGCCAAGAUCCACACGCUGGCCUUCAAGGAGGUCACCAUCGACGACACGUCCAUGAUCAAAGUGGAGGCUAUGGACAAGACCUCCACCGCCAUGCUCACCGUCAUCGAGGGCGAUCUGUAUUUCACCACCAAGCUGCAGAACUACACGGCGGUGGAGAAGGACGAGGUGAAGCUGGUCUGUGAGCUGAGCAAAGCCGUCGCCGACGUCAAAUGGUUUAAAGACGGGAAGGAGCUCACUCCCUCCAAGAACCUCGUCAUCAGCACCGACGGCAAGAAGCGCAUCCUGAUGGUCAGGAAGGCGGAGAAGGCUAACAUUGGAGAGUACACCUGCGACUGUGGAUCAGAUAAAACCACAGCCAAACUCAACAUUGAAGAGCGCGACAUAAAGGUUACUCGUCCGUUGUACAGCGUCGAGGUAACAGAGACAGAAACAGCCAAGUUUGAGACGGAGAUUUCAGAAGAGGACGUCCACGGGAACUGGAAACUGAAAGGAGAAGCUCUGCAUCAGUGUCCUGAUGUUGAGAUUAAGGAGGAAGGAACCAAACACAUACUGAUCCUCUUUAACGUCCGUAUGGACAUGGCCGGAGGCGUCGACUUCUCAGCAGCCAACGCAAAAUCCACCGCUCAGCUGCGAGUGAAAGCUCGCUCCAUCGGGCUGCUGCGUCCUCUGAAGGACGUGACGGUGACGGCCGGAGAGACGGCGACAUUCGAGUGCGAGCUGUCAUACGAAGGCAUCGUGGUGGAGUGGUUCCUGGGAGGUCAGAAGAUGGAGGCCAGCGAUCGGGUGAAGACUCGCGUGGCGGGAAAAGUUCACGCUCUGACCGUCAGAGACGUGAAGCUGUCGGAGGCCGGCGAGGUCAAACUGACCUCCAAAGACUUCCUGACUCAGGCUCAGCUCAUCGUUGGACAGCCGCCGGUGGAGUUCACCAAGCCGCUGGAGGACCAGACGGUGGAGGAGGAGGCCACCGCCACGCUGGAGUGUGAAGUUUCCAGAGAGAACGCCGAGGUCAGAUGGUUCAGAGAAGGUCAGGAGAUCAGGAAGACAAAGAAGUACGACACGAUCGUCGACGGAUGCAAGAGAGCGCUGGUCAUCCAGGACUGUACGCCGGACGAAGCAAAGAUGUACACGUGUGACGCCCAAGAGUUCAAGACGUCCUGUUUCCUGGAGGUCACACCUCCUCAUGUGGAGUUCAUGAAGCCUCUUCAGGACGUCGAGGUCAGAGAGAAAGAAUCCGCUAAGUUUGAAUGUGAAGUGUCCCGCGAGUCGGCCAAGGUUCGCUGGUUCAAGGACGGCAGCGAGAUCAGGAAAGGAAAGAAGUACGAGAUCGUCUCUAAGGGCGUCCAGAGGAUCCUCAUCGUCCACAAGUCGGUGUUCGACGACGAGGCCGAGUACGAGUGUGACGCCAGGACCUCCAAAACCUGCGGCAUGCUCACCGUCAUCGAGGAGGAUGCCCGGUUCACUAAGAACCUGUCCAACGUGGAGGGGACGGAGACGGACAGCGUGAAGAUGAUCUGCGAGGUGUCGAAGGUCGGGUCCGAGGUCACCUGGUACCGAGGAGACGAGGAGCUGCCGGAGGGCGGCCGCUACGAGCAGAUCAUGGACGGACGCCGGAGGAUCCUGAUCAUCCAGGACCUCAGGAUGGAGGACGCCGGCGAGUACACCUGCAGGCUGAGUCCCGCCGUCAAGACGUCCGCCACGCUCAAACUCAACGAGCUGGCGGCUGAGUUCAUCGCCCGUCCUCAGAACCAGGAGGUGGUGGAAGGUGAGAAGGCGGAGUUCGCCUGCUCCGUGUCUAAGGAGACCUACGAGGUGAGAUGGUUCAGAGGAGACAAGGAGGUGGAGACGGGAGACAAGUAUACCGUCGUCAGCGAGGGAAAGAGACGAGCUCUUAUUGUGAAAAGCUGCGAGCUGAAGGAUGAGGGAGGCUACGUCGCCCACAUCGGCGGCGUUAAAGCCUCCGCCGACCUGUAUGUGAUCGAGAAGCUGAGGAUCAUCACGCCGAUCAGAGACACCGAGGUGAAGGAAGGAAGUGAGAUCGUCUUCAACUGCGAGACGAACACGGAGGGAGCGAAGGCCAAGUGGCUGAAGAACGAGGAGACGAUAUUCGAGAGCAGCAAGUACAUGAUGGGUCAGAGGGACAACGUCUUCUCUCUGAGGAUCAGGGACGCCACGAAGACGGAUGAGGACAGCUACACCGUCAGCCUGACCAACCAGAGAGCAGAGCACGCCAAGAGCACCGCCAGCGCCCGAGUGUCCGAGGAGAAGCUGAGGUUCUUGGACGCCAUCGAGGACGUGGAGACGCAGGAGAAGAAGACCAUCAGCUUCGUCUGUAAGGUGAACCGGCCCGAGGUGACGGUGAGGUGGAUGAAGGCCGGCCAGGAGGUGACGCUCAGCAAACGCAUCAUCUACCGAGCCGACGGCCUCAAACACACUCUGACCGUCAAGGACUGCGUGAUGGACGACGAGGGCGAGUACACCGCCGUGGUUGGAGACGACAAGUGCGCGGCCGAACUGAUCAUCAGCGAGGCGCCGACGGACUUCACGGCGCAGCUCAAAGACCAGACCAUCACCGAGUUCGAGGACGCCGAGUUCACCUGCAAGCUGAGCAAAGAGAAGGCCAUGGCGAAGUGGUACCGGAACGGACGCGAGAUCAAAGAAGGAGCGAGAUAUCACAUGGAAAAAGAAGGAAAGACGUGCCGGCUGAUCAUCAAGGUGUGCCGGCCGGAUGACGAGUGUGAAUACGCCUGUGGCGUGGACGAGAGGAGGACCAGAGCGAGGCUCUUUGUUGAAGAGACGCCGGUGGAGAUCAUCAGACCGCCGCAGGACGCGUUCGAACCUCCGGGCUCAGACGUGGUGUUCGAGGUGGAGCUCAACAAGGACCGGGUGGAGGUGAAGUGGAUGAGGAACAACAUGAUCAUCGUCCAGGGAGACAAGUACCAGAUGAUCAGCGAGAGUAAAAUCCACCGACUGCAGGUCUGUGAGAUCCGACCUCGAGAUCAGGGAGAGUACAGGAUCGUGGCUAAAGACAAGGACGCCAGAGCCAAGCUGGAGCUGGCAGCGGUUCCAAAGAUCAAAACCACCGACCAGAACCUGGUAACGGACGCCGGUAAGCCCUUCGUCAUGGGCGUACCUUACGAUGCCUACCCUCGCGCCGACGCAGAGUGGUUCUAUGAGGGCACCAGUCUGCCCGUCCAGAACAUCGACACCUCCACCGACAGCACCGAGUUCCGCCUGAAGAGCCCCAGCAAGGAGGACCAGGGCCGGUACAAGGUGGUGAUCAAGAACAAGCAUGGCGAGGCAGCGGCGUUCAUCAACCUGGACGUGAUCGACGUCCCCGGACCCGUCAAGAACCUGAGAGUGGUCGACACUGCCGAUGGCGAGGUCAGUUUAGCCUGGGAGGAGCCUGAGAGCGACGGUGGAAGCAAGAUCGUCGCCUAUGUGGUGGAGAGACGCGAUGUGAAGCGUAAGACGUGGACGCUGGCUACAGACCGUGCUGAUACUCCAGAGUACUGUGUCAGCGGCCUCCAGAAGGACUCCUGGUACCUGUUCAGAGUCUGCGCCCGAAACCGAGUCGGCAGUGGACCCACCGUCGCCACCGAGGACGCCGUCCAGGCCAAGAACAAGUUUGACGUUCCCGAUGCUCCGGAGAACGUCGAAGUCGGCGUGGUGAACAGGUUCGGUGCCACCCUGAACUGGGAGCCUCCCAAGAACGACGGCGGCUCUGAGAUCACUGCCUACGUGAUCGAGCUCCGCGACAGGACCUCCGUGAAGUGGGAGGCGGCCAUGGUCUGCAGCGCCAACGACCGCUCGGCCAUGCUGAAUGACGUGGUGGAGAACAAGGAGUACAUCUUCAGGGUCCGGGCCGAGAACAAGGCCGGCAUCGGCAGGCCCAGCGCCGCCACCAAACCCGUCAAGAUCAUGGAUCCCAUCGACCGGCCAAGUCCACCUCUGAACCUGAACUUCAGCGACCAAAUCAACACGGCGGUCACGCUGACCUGGGAGACGCCCACCAGCAACGGCGGCAGCAUGAUCACCGGAUACAUCAUUCAGAAAUGUGACGACGGCACCGACAAGUGGCUCCGCUGCAACGCCAGACUGUGUCCUGAUCUCUCCUACCGGGUGUCUGGUUUGAAACCGGGUCAGAAGUACCUCUACAGAGUUUGUGCUGAGAACGCUGCCGGCGUCUCCGAUCCAACCGAGCAACUCGGACCGCUUCUGGCCGAUGACCCUCAUGUCGGUCCGACCUUCGACCUGAGUGGCUUCAGGAACGGCCUGGAGGUGAUCGUCCCUCAGCCUCUCACCAUCAGAGUCCCCAUCACCGGAUACCCGACCCCCGUCGCCAAGUGGACCUUCGGAGAGAAGGAGCUGACCACCGCGGACGAGCGCGUCUCCAUGGUGACGAAGCCCACGUACACGGAGCUGACGGUCACGCCGAGCGUCCGCCCGGACAAAGGCACCUACACCCUGCAGCUGGAGAACGACGUGUCUUCCGUCUCUGGAGAGAUCGAUGUCAACGUCAUCGCAUGCCCCAGCGCUCCGAAGGACUUCAAGGUGGCCGAAGUCACCCGACACCACGUCCACCUGAUGUGGGAGGCUCCGGAGCACGACGGAGGAAGUCCGGUCACCCACUUCCAGAUCGAAAAGAGAGAAGUGUCUCGUAAGACCUGGGCCAAGGUGGCGACCGGCAUCAUGGAUCUGGAGCACACCAUCACAGAUGUGAUUGAAGGAAAGGAGUACCUGUUCAGUGUCAUCGCCUGCAACAAGUGUGGACCCGGAGAGCCGGCGUACAUCGACGAGCCCGUCAACAUUUCCUCUCCCGCCACUGUACCCGAUCCUCCCGAGAACCUGAAGUGGCGCGAUAAGAGCGGCAAGACCAUCUUCCUGUCCUGGGAAGCUCCGAAGUACGACGGCGGCGCCCCGAUCAAAGGCUACAUGGUGGACAAGUGUCAGCGCGGUAGCGACAAGUGGGAUCUGUGCGGUGAACCCGUCCCUGAUCUGAAGUUCCAGGUGACCGGCCUGAUUGAGGGUCAGUGGUACGCCUACAGAAUCAGAGCUUUCAACAAGUUGGGAGCCAGCCGACCGUGCAGGGCCACCGACGAGAUCCAGGCCGUCGACGCCAGAGAGCCUCCAGAGAUCCAGCUGGAUGUGAAGCUGCUGGCCGGGCUGACCGCCAGGGCCGGCACCAAGAUCGAGCUUCCGGCUGACGUCAAGGGAAAACCCGAUCCCCGGGUGAAGUGGACCAAGGCCGACCUGGUCCUUCGGGCAGAUGACCGCAUUACGAUCGACACCCAGCCGGGACACUCCAAGCUGUCCAUCGGCAACACCGCGAGAGGAGACACCGCCACCUACAUCAUCGAGGCGGUCAACGUCUGCGGACGCGCCACCGCCACCGUCGAUGUCAACAUUCUUGAUAAACCCGGCCCUCCGGCCGCCUUCGACAUCUCCGAGAUCACCAACGAGUCGUGCUUCAUGGCGUGGAACCCUCCCAGGAACGACGGCGGCUCAGCAAUCACCAACUACAUCGUGGAGAGUCGGCUGACGGACAAAGAGGAAUGGGUGAAGCUUUCGGCCACGGUGAAACACACCACCUUCAAGGCAUGUAAGCUCACAGCUUUGAAGGAGUACGUCUUCAGGGUCAGCGCUGAGAACCAGUACGGCAUCGGCGAACCUGCAGAACAUGUGCCAAUCGUUGCCAAGUAUUCCUUCGAACCUCCUGGUCCUCCAACCAGAGUCACUCCCUCCGACAUCGCCAGGGACGCCGUGACUCUGACCUGGUUCGAGCCCGAUGAGGACGGCGGCAGUCCCAUCACCGGAUACUGGAUCGAGAAGUUUGAUCCAGAGAGCGACAAGUGGAUCAGAUGCAACAAACUGCCCAUCAAGGACACGACCUUCAGGGUGAAGGGACUCCCCACCAAGAAGAAGUGCAUCUUCCGUGUUCUGGCUGAGAAUCUGGCUGGACCUGGAAAACCCAGUGUAGAGACCGAUCCCAUCCUCAUCAAAGAUCCCAUCGAUCCUCCGUGGGCUCCUGGGAAACCUGACGUCAGGGACGUCGGUAAGACCAUGGCGCUGCUUGCGUGGACCAGGCCGGAGCACGAUGGCGGGUCAAAGAUCGAAGGCUACAUCAUCGAGUUCCAGAAGACUGGCAGCGAGGAAUGGAUCCGCAUCGCGGAGGACGUUCCCCAGACGGAGCACCAGCUGCAGGGCCUGAUAGAGAAGCAGGAGUACUCGUUCCGGGUCAAGGCCUUCAACAAGGCCGGCGAGAGCGAGCCCAGCGACCCCAGUGACCCCGUGGUCUGCAAGGAGAGACUUUACCCUCCGUCUGCUCCUGAGUGGCUGGAGGUGGCCAACAUCACCAAGAUCAACGCAGACAUAAAGUGGCAGGCUCCCAGCAGCGACGGUGGCUCGCCAAUCACCAACUACGUGGUGGAGAAGAGGGACGUGAGGCGGAAGGCCUGGCAGUCCGUCGACACCACCGUUAAGGAGCUCAAGUACACGGUCGGUCCGCUCAAUGAAGGCUCGCUGUACGUGUUCCGCGUCGCCGCCGAGAACGCCGUGGGGAUGAGUGAAUUCUGCGAGAUGGAGGACGCCGUGCUCGCCAAAGACACUUUCACGACUCCUGGACCUCCUUAUGCCCUGACGGUGCUGGAGGUCACCAGGAGACACGUGGAGCUGAAAUGGGAACCUCCCAAGAGCAACGGUGGAAGACCAAUAACCAAGUACGUGAUUGAGAAGAAAGAGAAGGUAGGAACUCGCUGGCUGAAGUGUUGCAAGACUCCAGACAAACAGACACAGUUCAAGGUGACGGAAGUGGACGAAGGCUCGGAGAUACAGUUCCAGGUCAGAGCUGAGAAUGAGGCCGGCGUCGGAGAUCCAAGCGAACCCACCGAGGUCCUCACCAUCGAGGAUGCGACCAGUGCUCCAUCUCCUCCUCUGGAAGUGACCGUCCCCGACGCCAGCAGGGUGCACAUCAACGUCGCCUGGAAGCCUCCGACCAAAGACGGCGGCUCCCCGAUCACCGGCUACCACGUGGAGGUGGCCGAGGCCCGGCCGGAGCUGAAAUGGCUCAGGGUCAACAGCAGACCCAUCAAGGAGCUCACGUUCAAGAUUGACGACGGAAUCAAACCGGAGAAGAAGUACGUCAUCAGGGUCCGUGCCAUCAACGCUGUCGGCGUUAGCGAUCCCUCCGAGAUCUCCGACAAGGUCUUCACCAAGGAUCCCGACUGCGCUCCAACCAUGGAUUUGGCGGCAGAGGACGUGGUCGUGAUUGAAGGCGAGAAGCUGCACCUGAACAUCCCCUAUAGGGCGAUUCCGACACCCAAGAUGGUUUGGCAGAAGGACGCGGUGGAGUGCAAGGCCGACGACAGGCUCUCCAUGACGGUGGAGAUGGACAGCGCUCACCUGGAGCUGCUCAAGAGCAUGCGUGCCGAUGCCGGCGCAUACGCCAUCACCCUGGAGAACAGUCUGGGAACCGCCACCGGGACCAUCAACGUCAAAGUCAUCGGACUCCCCGGUCAGUGUAAAGACAUCAGCUCCAGCGACGUCACCAAGAAGUCCUGCAAGAUCAGCUGGGAAGCCCCGGAGGACGACGGCGGCACACCGAUCGUCAGCUACACCCUGGAGCGCCGCGAAGCCUCCAAGAAGACCUACGUGCCCGUCACGUCGGGAGAGAACGUCCUGACCUGCGACGUCAAAGACCUCUACAUCAACUGCGAGUACUACUUCAGAGUGAAGGCCGUCAACAAGGUCGGCGCCGGAGAGUAUCUGGAGCUACGCAACCCGGUCAUCACAGAGGAAGUCAAACAGAAACCCGACCCACCCAUCCAGGUGGAGGCUCACGACCCAACAUGCAAGUCCAUCAGAGUCUCCUGGAAGGCUCCGGACUCGGACGGCGGCUGUCCCAUCCAGGGCUACAUCGUGGAGAAGAUGGAGAAGGACGGCGACCGCUACGAGAGGGUCACCCCGAGCCUGGUCCCCGGUUUCUCCUACGUGGUGACGGGCCUGACGGAGGAAGUGGAGUACCAGUUCCGGGUCCGAGCGGAGAACGCCGCCGGAGUCAGCGAGCCGUCCCGCAGCACAGAGUUCAUGAAGGCUGCAGACCCCGUCGAAAAACCGAAGGUCACCCUCCACGCCCGGGUGCAGUCCGGUUUGUGCAUCAAGAAGGGCGAGGAGAUCCGAAUCGACGCCUACAUCUCUGGCUCGCCGUAUCCCAAAGUCACCUGGCUGAGGAACAACGAGGACAUCACUAAAGAGCCGACCAAGAAGCUCAUCCCCAUUGUCAAGAAGAGGAAGACAAAGACCAAGGUUCCUGAACCAGUGGAGGAGUUUGUAACUCCAAUGCGUGAGCGUCUGGGUCUGGACCAGACCAAGAGGGGUCAGUCUGCACUGAUGAUCCGCGACGCCACCCGAGUCGACCACGGCGACUUCACCAUCCAGGUGGAGAACAUUCACGGCAUCGCCACCGCCUGCUGCGACGUCAACGUCCUCGACAAACCCAGCGCUCCGAUCAACUUCACCUUCGACGAGGUCAUGAACACGUCGGUCAUCUGUAACUGGGAGCCUCCUGAGGACGACGGAGGCAGCGAGAUCCUCAACUACAUCCUGGAGAAGAAGGACAACAAGAACGACGAGGUCGGCUGGCUCACCGUCACCGCCACCCUGAAGGGCACCAGUUUACUCGUCAGCAAACUCAUCGAGGAGAAGGAGUACAUCUUCAGGGUCUCCGCCGAGAACAAGUUCGGCUGCGGGCCGCCGUGCACCUCCGAGCCGAUGGUCGCCAAGAACAUGUUCGAUCCUCCCGACGCUCCCAACACCCCCAGAGUCCAUGAGGUGAGGGCGAGCUCCGCCCACAUCUCCUGGCACGAGCCGAAGGAUAACGGCAGCCCGAUCCUGGGCUACUGGAUCGAGAGGAAGGAGGUGAACAGCAAACACUGGACCCGAGUCAACCGCAUCCUCCUCAACUCUCUGGAGGUGAAGGCCGUCGGCCUGAUGGAGGGACUCACCUACAUCUUCAGGGUGUGCGCCGAGAACCUGGCCGGGCCCGGGCCCUUCAGCGAGCCCACCGACCGCAUCGUCGCCAUGGACGCCAUUAUGCCUCCUGGCCCCCCCACUCCUUGGAUUGUGGACACUGGGAAGGAUUCGGUCAUCGUGGCCUGGAAGCCCCCUCUGUUCAACGGCGGAGGAGACAUCCUGGGAUACCACCUGGAGAAGGUUGUGGUCGGAGAGAAGGACUGGACCCGCAGCACAGAGUUCAGGUGUAAAGAGCUGACGUACACGCUGACGGGUCUGACCGAAGGAGCGGAUUAUUACAUCCGUGUCAUCGCCAUCAACGACGCCGGUCCUGGAGCUCCCGGUGUGACCGAACCUGUCACCGUCACAGAGCCUCAAGUUACUCCCGCGGUGGACUUCGACUCCUCCGUGAGGAACGGCGUCUUAAUCAGGGCCGGCGAGUCGCUGAGGCUCCCCGCCGUGGUGACCGGCCGACCCCAGCCCGAAGUCAAAUGGGCCAAAGACGAAGCGGAGGUCGACAAGGAGCGUAUGAUCGUGGAGACGGUGGGCAAGAACACCGCUCUGUUCAUCAAGAGGACCUUGAGGGCGGAUCACGGGAAGUACCAGGUCACCGGCACCAACAGCAGCGGGACCAAGACCGCCGAGACCACAGUGGAUGUCAUGGACGUCCCCGGACCGGUGGUGGACCUGAAGACGGUGCUGGUGACCAAGAACAACAUCACCCUCACCUGGUCCGAUCCCUUGGAUAACGGCGGCAGCGACAUCAUCGGCUACCAGGUGCUGAGGAAGGACGCAAAGAUGAAACUCUUCCGCCAGGCCAUCGAGACGGCAUCCUGCAAGUGCGACGUCCAGGGCCUGCUGGCUGGCGAGGAGUACGACUUCCGGGUCGUCGCCGUAAACAAGUAUGGUGACGGAGCUCCGGCCGACCUCGGGCCCAUCCUGGCAGAGGAUGCCAAAGGUACUCCAUCUGAACCCGAGAAGCUGCACUACACCGACCGAGGCCAGACCACCAUCGACUUGGCCUGGGAGCCGCCUCGCACCGACGGCGGCAGCCCCAUCAUGGGCUACUACGUGGAGAAGAUGAGGUCCGACGGCACCGAGUUCGAAGUGGCAAACCGCAAGAUGUUCACCGUGUGCUGCGGGACCAUCGAGAGCCUGUCGGAGGGCCAGGAGUACCACUUCCGCGUCAAAGCCGUGAACGAGGUCGGGGACGGAGAGCCCUCCAAGCCCAUCACCGCCACGAUCCAAGACGAUGAAAUUUCUCCAGUUAUUACCAUCCUGAAGUACUUCAAGAACAACGCCAUCAACGUGAAGAAAGGCUCGGCCAUCGACAUCCCAGCGGAGGUGAAGGGACUUCCUCUGCCGACGAUCCAGUGGAUGAAGGACAACGUGGUGAUGGAGCAGCCUGAAGGAGAGAAGAUGACAAUGGAGACGGAGGAGGUGACCCGGACGACUCUGAGGACUAAGAUCGCCUACCCAGAAACCAUCAGGCAGGACAAGGGCAGCUACAGGCUGGUGGCUGAAAACCGCUUCGGCAGAGCUGAGCACACCAUCCGGGUGGAGAUCUUCGACCGUCCUCUUCCUCCGAGGAACAUCGUGGUCUCGGACAUCAAGUCGGACUCGUGCUACCUGACCUGGGACGCCCCGGAGGACAACGGAGGCAGCGAGAUCACCAACUACGUCGUGGAGCGCCGAGACGCCAGCAAGAAGAAGUCCGACUACGAGGUUCUGACCAUCAACCUGAUCGACAGGAGAUACGGGGUCCACAAACUGUUCCUGAACGGAGCCUACCAGUUCAGCAUCAAAGCUGAGAACAAGUACGGUUUGAGCGACGGCUGCGAAUCAGAGAAAGUCCAGCUCAGGGAUCCGUUCGGCCUCCCCGGACCUCCACGUAACCCCCAAAUCAUCGCCGCUACGGCGACCACCAUGACCGUGACCUGGGACCCUCCUCUGGACAACGGCGGCUCCCCCAUCCAGGGAUACUGGCUGGAGAAGAGGGAGCGCGGCGCCGUAUACUGGAGUCGCGUCAACCGAGCUCCGGUCACCAAACCGUCGGUGAAGCUCCUGGAGUACACCGUGCUCAAGCUCAUCGAAGGAUCCGAGUACAAGUUCAGGAUCGCAGCCUGCAACGCCGCAGGUAUCGGACCGCCCUGCGAGUCCACCAAGACCCGCUUAGCCGUGGAUCCGUCCAAGCCUCCCAGCCCUCCUGGACACCCCGAUGUUAAAGACAAGACCAAGAGCAGCAUCACGCUCACCUGGAGCCCGCCAGAGAGACACGGCGGCAGCCCCGUCCUGGGUUACAUUGUCGAGGUCCACGAGGAGGGCUCUCCCGACUGGAGGAGGGUGAACCCCGCCGACAAGCUCCACCCGUCCACCGAGAUCACCGUCCCCGACCUGAAGGAGGGCAAGAAGUGCAGGUUCAGGAUCUACGCUGUGAACGCUGCCGGAAACUCUGAGCCUGCCAAGACGGCCGACAUCCUGGUUCAGGACAUCCUGAUCGAGCCGACAGUGUCUCUGGACGUGAGCGCUCCCGACCUGCUGACCUGCAGAGCUGGAACGACCAUCAGGAUUCCCGUCACCAUCACCGGACGACCAGUUCCCAAAGUCACCUGGACCUUCGACGGAACCGCCGAGACGGAGAAGAAGAACGAACUCCACACGCUGCCCAUCGACUCCGAGAUCCACUCCACCGACACCAGCUCGGUGAUCGUGAUCCCAGACUGCAAAAUGAACCACAGGGGCCGAUUCAUCCUCAACGCCGAGAGCCCCGCCGGACACAAGGUGCUCAAAGUCCGAGUCAACGUGCAGGACCUGCCCGGACCUCCAAGAGACCUGAAGGUCAGCGACGUGACGAGGGGAACGUGCCGACUCACCUGGAAACCUCCAGAGAACGACGGAGGAGAGAGAGUGAAGAGCUACUUCAUCGAGGAGAAGACGGUGGGCGGCAAAGCCUGGACAAAGGUGAACCCGGCCUGUGAUGCUCAGUCUCUGGUGGUUCCAGACCUGAUCAACGGUCAGGAGUAUCUGUUCCGCAUCCGGGCUGAGAACCGCUUCGGGUUCAGCCCGUACGUCGAGACCCUCGAGGUCACCAAAGCCACAGACCCGAUCCAUCCUCCUGAUCCUCCGACCAGGCUGAAGAUCCAGAGCGUGAGGAAGGGCCGGGUCAAGCUGACCUGGAAGGCUCCCAGGAACGACGGCGGUUCACCCGUCACCCACUACAGCGUUGAUCUGCUAUGCUGGGAGGCCAGCGGCACCCAGAAGGAGGCCUGGAGGAGGUGCAACAGGAGAGACGUGGACACCACCAACUUCAGGGUGGAGGACCUGAAAGAGGGAGACGAGUACGAGUUCAGAGUGAUGGCGCACAACGUGGUCGGAGAGAGCCGCCCGUCCACCACCGUCGGACCCAUCAUCAUGCAGGACCAGACCUGCGCUCCGUCCAUCGAGCUGAAGGAGUUCAUGGAGGUGGAGCAGGGCUCCGACAUCAGCAUCGUGGCCAAGAUCCGCGGCUGUCCGUUCCCCACGCUCACCUGGUACAAGGCUCCGCCCCUCAAGUCCGACGCCAAGGUGGAGGUUCAGUACGACGAGCACAUCAAUAAGAUGGUGUCCGACGAAAGCUGCACGCUGCUCAUCCAGCAGGGCAAACGGCCUGACACCGGCCUCUACACGCUGGUGGCGUCCAACAGCUUCGGCAAGGCGUCGGCGGAGAUGAGGCUCAACGUGCUUGGCCGACCCGGUCCUCCCUCCGCUCCCAUCAAGUUCGAGGAGGUCGGCGCCGAGAGGAUCACGCUGUCCUGGCUGCCGCCGAAGGACGACGGUGGCUCCAAAGUCACAAACUACGUCAUCUGGCGGCGCGUGGCCAACAGGAAGACCUGGGUGAUCGUCACCAGUGAGCCCAAAGAACGGAUCUGGACGGUGGAGAACCUGUUGGAGGGAUACGAGUACGUGUUCCGCGUCAUGGCCCAGAACAAGUACGGUGUUGGCGAGCCGCUGGACAGCGAGCCCGAGACUGCCAGAGAUCGCUACAACCUCCCCGGUCAGUGUGAGAAGCCGAAGGUCAGCGGCGUCACCAUGGACUCCAUGACGGUUAACUGGGAGGAGCCCGAGGACGACGGCGGCACCCCGAUCACCGGCUACUGGCUGGAGCGCAAAGAGACCACAGGCAAACGCUGGACCCGCGUCACCCGCGACCCCAUCCGUCCCAUGCCCAUGGGCGAGUCGUUCGCUGUGACCGGACUCAUCGAUGGCUCUCAGUACAUGUUCAGAGUAGCCGCCAUUAACGCGGCGGGACUCGGACCCUACAGCCCCAUCACAGACCCUAUCUUCGCCAGAGACCCCAUCGUCCCGCCCUCUCCGCCGACCCCCAAGGUUUCUGAUUGGACCAAGUCCACGGUGGACCUGGAGUGGAUCCCUCCUCUGAAGGACGGAGGCUCCAAGAUCCUGGGUUACUGGGUGGAGUACCAGGAGGAGGGCACCGAGCCCUGGGUCAAGGCCAAGGAGACCGAAAUCCGCGGCACCCGGUUCGUGAUCGCCGGUCUGAAGACUGGCGGAAAAUACAAGUUCAGGGUGACUGCGUUCAACGCUGCCGGUAAAGGCGAGCCAGGAGAAGUCCCAGAGGUGCUGGAGGUCAACGACAGAACCAUUGCUCCUGAGGUCGACCUGGAUGCCUCGGUGAAGGAGAGGAUGGUGGUCCACGCUGGCGGCGUGAUCCGUAUCAUCGCCUACAUUUCGGGUCAACCAUCCCCGGAGGUCACCUGGGGCAGGGAUGGAGCCGCGCUGCCUCCUGAGGCCAAAGUGGAGACGACCGCCAUCAGCUCGUCUCUGGUCAUCAAACCCUGUAUCAGGAAGCACCUCGGCGUCUACACCCUGACCGCCAAGAACGCCGGAGGGGAGAAGAAUAAGAGCAUCACCGUGGAAGUUCUAGAUGUCCCCGGGCCCGUCGGCAUCCCCCUCACCGCAGAGAACCUGACCACCGACUCCUGCAAGAUCAACUGGUUCUUCCCCGAGAACGACGGCGGCUCUCCCAUCAGUAACUUCGUCAUCGAGAAGCGCGAGGCCGAGCGCAAGGCCUGGACCUCGCUGUCCUUCACCGCCAGCAGGCAGAACGCCGUGGCUCACGGCCUCACCAUCGGAAAGUCCUACUUCUUCAGAGUGGCCGCCGAGAACGCCAUCGGCGUCGGACCCUUCCUGGAGACCGUCGCCGAGCUCGUUGUCAAGGAACCAAUCAGUGUUCCUGACCGCCCCGAGGAGCUUGAGGUCACCAAGGUCACCAAGGAUCUGAUCGGCGUCACCUGGAAGGCGCCCAAGUUCGACGGCGGUUCAGAGAUCACCAUGUACAUCCUGGAGGCGCGUAUGAUCGGCAAAGACAAGUUCGCCAGAGUGACCAAGGAGUCGCUGAUGGAGAGGAAGUACACCUUCGACGGCCUGAGGGAGGGAGACUCCUACGAGUUCAGGGUCAUCGCCGUCAACGAGGUCGGACCCAGCAAGCCGUCGUUCGUCACCAAACAGAUCACCUGCAAGAACGAACUGGAGCCGCCGACCAUCGAGCUGGACUUCCGCGACAAGAUUAUCAUCCGUGUGGGCGAGAGCUGCCUGCUGCAGGGCCGCUACACUGGCAAACCUUCGCCGUCCAUCGUGUGGUACCGAGACGACAAGGAGCUGAAGGCCGACAAACACGUCAUGUUCAAGAACACGCUGACCACCAUGUCGCUCGGCCUAAUGAAGGCGGAGCGCGGGCACAGCGGCAGAUACGUAGUGGUGGUGGAGAACAGCACCGGGUCCAGGAAGGGAGUCUGCAACCUCACGGUUGUCGACCGUCCGACUCCUCCGGUCGGCCCAGUGGUGUUUGAGGAGGUGCACAGGGAGUUCAUGAUCGUCUCCUGGAAACCUCCUCUGGACAGCGGCGGCAUCCCGGUCUCCAACUACAUCAUCGAGAAGAGAGACACCAACAGAGACACCUGGACCACGGUGACGUCGGCCUCCACCAAGACCAUAUGCAAGAUCCCGAAGCUGACAGAGGGCAAGGAGUACAUCAUGAGGAUUUCAGCUGAGAACAUGUACGGCAUCAGCGACCCUCUGGACUCGGAGGAGAUGAGAGCCAAAGAUCUCUUCAGAGUCCCCGAGGCCCCCGAGAUGCCGACGGUCAGGGAGGUGUACGCCACCAACGCCCUGGUGUUGUGGAACCGGCCUCGCGACGGCGGGAAGCCCAUCACCAACUACAUCCUGGAGAAGAAGGAGCCCGGUGCUAAGAGGUGGUCCAGAGUCACCAGAGACCCGCUGUACCCGGCCACCCAGUACCGAGUCCAGGACCUGAUAGAGGGCUGCCAGUACGAGUUCAGGGUGAUGGCUGAGAACGAGCUGGGACCCGGAGACCCCAGUGAACCCUCCAAACCCAUCCUCGCCAAAGAUCCCGUCGUGCGUCCCAGCCCUCCAGUGACCCCCGAGGCCUACGAUAAGACCAAGGACUCCGUCAGCCUGAAGUGGAAGUUGCCCCGCCAUGACGGUAAGGGCCGGAUCUUGGGCUACCUUGUGGAGUACCAGAAGCCCGGCGCUGUGGAGUGGCUUCCGGCCAACGAGACCCCGGAGCAGUGCCCCGACCUCCACUACGUGGUGACGGGCCUGGCCGACGGACACGAGUACGACUUUAGGAUCUUCACCGUUAACGCCGCUGGCAAAUCUGACCCCGCCUACGUCAAACAGACCAUCAAAGUCCACGACAGACUGGAGGCGCCAGAGUUGCUGCUGGACGCCAACAUGGCACGUGACCACCUGUGCAUGCUGGGCGCCGACAUCACCUUGAGCGCCACCAUUAAGGGGGUACCGACACCCACCGUCAGUUGGAAGAAGAACGACGGCGACGUUCCUUCUCACAUCACCGUCGCCGUCACCGCCGGUGGCAGCAAAAUCUUCAUCCCCAAGAGUGUCCGGCCCGACUCGGGCAACUACACCCUCACCGUGGAGAACGCCGCCGGAAAGAAAUCCGCAACCUGUGCCGUGCUUGUGCUGAACAAGCCUUCUCCUCCCAGAGACCUGGUGAUCUCUGAGAUUACCGGAGAGUCGGCCUACCUGACGUGGAAGGCUCCUGAGGACAACGGCGGCACUGUCAUCUCCCACUACAUCGUGCACAAGAAGGACGUGGCCUCCGAGCAGUGGGUGCCCGUCGCUGCAGCCAAUAAGAAGCUGAGUCUGAUGGCCAUGUACCUGAUGGAAGGAAUCCAGUACCUGUUCAGGGUGGCUGCUGAGAACCAGUUUGGCAAGAGUGACUUUGUGGUGACCAGGACACCCAUCAAGGCUCUCGAACCUCUCUAUCCUCCUGGUCCUCCCAGAAACCUGCACCACACUGAUGCAGAAAAGACAGAGGUGUGGUUGGAGUGGGAGUGGCCCGAGCGCACCGGCGGAAGUGACAUCACCGGCUUCAUCGUGGAGCACCAGGAGGAGGGCCAGCCUGACUGGGUCACCUUCAAGACCGUCAGCUACGAACGUGCCCACGUCACCGGUCUGGUGGAGGGCAAGACUUACCGCUUCAGGGUCAAGGCUCAGAACGCCAUCGGUGUGAGCCGUCCCGACACCAGCGUCCCCAUCACGUGCCAGGAAAAGACAUUGGCACCAACUAUUGAAGUAGAUGUGAAGCUUAUUGAGGGACUUGUUGCCAAAGCUGGCACUGCUAUCGCCAUGCCAGCCAAGAUGAUAGGCAUCCCCAUUCCAACUGCCAAAUGGAUGACCGAUAACAAGGAAAUCACAUCGGAGGGCCGCUAUCACAUUGAGACUGCUGGACUCUCCACAGUCCUCAGUAUCCCUGAGUGCCAGAGAGGAGACAGCGGAGAGUACAUCCUCACCGUGGCCAAUCCUUCAGGCAGCAAGUCCGUCGCCCUGCACGUCACAGUGCUGGACCUUCCAGGUAUCCCCAUCGGACCCGUCAACAUCAUGGAGGUCACCCCCGAUCACAUGAUGAUCCAAUGGAGGCCGCCCAAAGAUGAUGGUGGCACGCCCAUCACCAACUACGUGGUGGAAAAGAGGGAUAUAAAGAAGUCAUGGGAGCCCUGGUCUGUGGUUAGCUCCAGCGGCACCAGCACCAAGGCCAAGGUGUCCAGGCUGGAGAAGGGCCGGGAGUACGUUGUCCGUGUCCGAGCAGAGAACAAGAUUGGCCUCGGCGCAGCGCUUGAGAGUCCUCCCACUAUUGCCAAGCACAUGUUCAACCCUCCUGGUCCACCAGGCCCGCCAGAGUGCUCUGAUAUCACUGAGAAUGCUGUGACGUUGGAGUGGACCCUGCCUGACUACGAUGGAGGCAGCCCCAUCAGUGGAUAUGUGGUUGAACGCAGAGAAAUGACAGGAAAGUGGAUCCGCGUCAACAAAACUCCUGUCCUGGACCUCAGAUACAGAGUCUCAGGCCUGUGUGAAGGCAACAGCUACGAGUUCAGAGUGUUCGCUGAGAACGUUGCUGGUAUCAGCGCGCCUUCUCUCACCUCUGACCCCAUCAAGGCCACUCGUGCCAUCACCAAGCCCGGUCCACCCGGCAAUCUCAAACUGAAGGACUGGAGCAAGUCUUAUGCUGACAUCUGCUGGACUAAGCCUACCAGAGACGGAGGCAGUCCCGUUCUGGGCUAUGUGGUUGAGAUUCAGAAGUCAGGAUCCGCCCAGUGGGACAGAAUCAACAAGGACCUUAUCAAGAUGUGUGCCCACAGAGUGCCAGGCCUCAUUGAAGGAAUGGAGUACAGAAUUCGCGUCAGAGCCACCAACAAGGUUGGAGACAGUGAACCCAGGGAUCUGGCCGAGACUAUCUUAGCGAAGGACAUCUUGGUGCCCCCUGACGUUGUUGUUGACAUUUCCUGCCGCGACUCUCUGACUGUCAGGGCAGGUCAGAUCGUAAGUUUGAUCACCAGGGUGAAAGGCAGACCAGACCCAGAGAUCACAUGGACCAAGGAUGCAAGAGUCUUAUCCCGGGAAAAACGCAUUGAUAUGAACAACAACUACCCUCUGUGUGAACUGGUCAUCAAUGAGGCAGUCAGGUCAGACUACGGUAAAUAUGCCAUUGUCGCCAAGAACAGCAGUGGACAGGCAACGGCCACUAUUAUUGUCAAUGUCCUGGACAUACCAGGAGCUAUCCAGAACCUGAAAGUGGCCUAUGUGACCAAGAAGUCCUGCAUGGUGUCCUGGGAGAACCCUGAGGACAACGGAGGCACCGAAAUCACUCAGUACAUUAUUGAGUGCCGUCAGCCCAGCCAGAGAGGAUGGACUGUGGUCUCCAAUGACUGCACCAAGCGCUUGCUAAAGGCCCCUCUUACUGAAGGCUGCGAGUACUUCUUCCGUGUCAGCGCAGAGAACAAGAUCGGUGCUGGUCCACCUAUUGAGAGCAAGACACCCGUGCUGGCAGUUGAUCCCAUUGAGAAGCCUGGUGAACCCAUCGACUUCCACAUCUCUGAGAUCGGCAAGACCUUCUGCUUCCUCAAGUGGAAGAAGCCCGACUAUGACGGUGGAAGCCGUAACCUGGGUUAUCAUGUUGAGAAGAAGCCAAAGGAGGCUGAGGAGUGGGAGAGGCUUCACAAGGGUGCUAUCAAGGAGACUUACUUCAUGGCUGACAGGUGCAUCGAAAACCAGAUGUACCAGUUCAGAGUUCAGACUAAGAAUGAGGGAGGCGAGAGCAACUGGGUGACCACACCUGAAGUCCUGGUUAAGGAACAGCUUGUGGAGCCAGAAAUCAAGAUUAAACUGGAUGGUACACUCGUGGUCAAGGCAGGAGACUCCAUUCCUAUUGAGGCAACUGUGAAGGGCAAACCCCAGCCGGAUGUCAAAUGGACCAAAGAUGACAGCACGGAGGAGAUAAAGAAGGGCCCCAGGCUUCAGAUUGAAACUGGUGCCGACUUCUCGAAGCUGCUGCUUACUGGCGCCAAGCGCACUGACAGCGGUAAAUAUGUUGUCACUGCCUCCAACAGUGCAGGAACCGGUUCUGCUCACGCUAAGGUCAAUGUACUGGAUAGACCCGGCCCCAUCAGGGAUCUCAAGGUGUCUGGUAUCACCAUCGACAGGUGCCAUUUGGCCUGGGAAGUCCCAGAGGAUGAUGGCGGCUGUGAUAUCUACAACUACAUUAUUGAGAAAUGUGAGACCAAGAGGGGAGUGUGGUCGGUUCACACCAACGCCGUCAUCACCAACAAAGCCAACGUCACCCGUCUUAUUGAGGGCAAUGAGUAUAUCUUCAGAGUUCGUGCUGAGAAUAAGAUGGGUCCUGGCCCUGCGGUGCAGAGUGAAGCCAUUGUCGCCGGCACACAGUUCAGUGUACCUGGCGCUCCCGAGGCACCAGAGGUCACCAAGAUUGCUAAGACGGAGAUGACUGUGGAAUGGUCAGAGCCCGAGAAAGAUGGCGGAAAAUCAAUCACGGGUUAUCUGUUGGAGAAGAGGGAAGAGCAUGCUGUUAGGUGGUCACCUGUCAACAAGGAUCCACUCCCUUCAACUCGUUUCACAGUUACUGGACUCCUACCCCUCCACGACUACCAGUACAGAGUCAAGGCUGUCAAUGAAAUUGGCGUCGGCAGCCCAAGCAAACCUUCACGUACCAUCACUGCCAAAGACGCAGUCGGGCCUCCUGCACCUCCUACCAAGAUGAAGGUCCUGGACAGCACCAAGUCCACCAUCACCCUGGGCUGGACGAAGCCUGAAUCAGAUGGGGGAGCUCCCAUCAUCGGCUACGUUGUGGAGAUGAGGGCGCAGGGAAGCACCAAGAAAGGAGACGACAGCUGGAAGAGGUGCAACGUGGCAGCUCAGCUGGUCGUGUGCGAGUUCACAGUCUCAAGUCUGGACAACCAGCUUGUGUAUGAAUUCAGAGUGUCGGCUCAGAACCAGGUGGGCAUGAGCCUGCCCUGCGACCUGGAGGGUGGCGUGAUCCCCAAGGAGAUUCUAGAGGCACCAGAGAUCGACUUGGACGCCAACCUGAAGCAGGGCCUGACAGUGAGAGCCGGCUGUCCCAUCAGACUAUGUGCCACCAUCAGAGGUAGACCACAUCCCCAGGUCACCUGGAGGAGGAUGGGCAUUGACAACGUGGUCAGGAAGGGAAAAGUCGACAUCAUUGACACCAUGACCUUCCUGGUCAUUCCCGACAGCACCCGCAACGACUCUGGCAAAUACUGCCUGACACUGAAGAGUACUGCCGGAGAGAAGGCUGUGUUCGUCAACGUUAAGGUUCUGGACACUCCGGGACCUGUGAUGGAUCUGGAAGUUAGUGACGUCAAACAGACAUCGGCCAUGCUGGCCUGGAAUCCUCCAGAGGUCGACGGCGGCAGCGAAGUCACUCACUACGUUGUUGAGAAGCGCGAGAUGGACCGGAAGACGUGGGCGACCGUCAAGGCCGAAGUUCUGAUGGAUAAGGUUCCCUUCAAAGUCAGCGGUCUGAUGCCAGGCAGCGAGUACUACUUCAGAGUCUCAGCUGUCAACGAGUAUGGUUCUGGAGUUCCCAAGGUGACACCCACUUCCUACCUGGCCUCAGAUCCCGUCAGCAAGCCCGAUCCUUGUCAGAAGAUCGAGGUUCUGGAGAUCACUAAGAACAACGCCAUGGUCGGCUGGGUGAAGCCCGCAAGCGAUGGUGGUGCCAAGAUUGACGGUUAUGUUGUUGAAUACAUCGAGGUCAAACCUCCUCCAGAGCCUCCAGCACCUGUGGAGGUUAAAGAGGGAGAGGAAGCUCCUCCACCGCCUCCGCCGCCUCCAGUGGAAGAGGAGGAGGCCGAACCUGAAAAGGAGGUGUGGAACGCCUACACCACUGUGAAGGGUUUGUCAAUCAGCAUCAGCGGCCUGAAGGAGGGCAAGAGGUACAAGUUCAGAGUGGCUGCUAAGAACAUCAUGGGUCAGAGCUCGUUCACUGAGACCAGGCAGCCCACCGAGAUCAAGGAACAGAUGUUGGAGCCAAAGAUCGUCAUGCCAGACACGAUGAGUGCCAAAGCCGGAGCCAAGCUCAGAGUGGAGGCUCUGAUUUCCGGAAAACCCUCCCCGACCUGCAAGUGGCUGCGCGGCGAGGACGCGGUGGUCUCGUCCAGCCGUCUGGCCGUGCACCACUCCGGCAACCUGUGCGUCCUGAUCAUCAAAGACGUGUCGAGGACCGACAGCGGAGAGUACAGCCUGGUGGCUGAGAACAGCUCUGCCAAGGUGGUCGAGUCCCUGAAGAUUAUCAUUAGAGACAUCCCCGGUCCUCCCGAGGGCCCCGUGGUGAUCAGCGACAUCGACUCUGACGCCUGCUCCCUGGCCUGGAACAAACCGCUGGAGGACGGCGGCAGCAAUAUCACCAACUAUGUGGUGGAGAAAUGUGAUGUGAGCAGAGGCGACUGGGUGACGGCUACCUCUUCUGGGCAGAAAACCAGCUGCAGACUUGGGAAGCUCAUCCCCGGGAAGGAGUACGGGUUCCGCAUCCGUGCUGAGAACCGCUUCGGGGUGUCAGACCCGCUUCAGUCCGACAGGAUGGUGGCAAGGUUCCCCUUCGAUGUUCCCAGUGAGCCCCUCAACUGCCGCAUCAACAAGACCAACAAGGACUGUAUGUUCGUGGCGUGGGAUACGCCCGAGAGCGACGGCGGCAGUCCCAUCACAGGUUAUUACAUUGAGCGUAAGGAGAGGAACAGCUUACUGUGGGUGAAGGCCAACGACAACGUCGUACGCACCACCGAGUACCCGUGCGCCGGCCUCAUCGAGGGCCUGGAAUACACUUUCAGAGUGUCCGGCAUUAACCGGGCCGGCCAGGGCAAACCAAGCAAGAAGACCGACUUUGUCACAGCUAGAACGCCCGUUGACACUCCAGGUAAACCCGAGAUCCUGGACGUGACCAAGAACUCCGUCACUCUGGUUUGGACCCGUCCGAAGAACGACGGCGGCAGUAAGAUCAUUGGCUACUAUGUUGAGGCCAUGCGGGUACCAGCAGACCCCUGGAUACGCUGCAACACCAGCAGCCAGAACGUCCCGAGGGAGGAGUAUACGGUGACGGGUCUGGAGAGAGACCUGCAGUACCAGUUCAGAGUCAUCGCCAAGACCGCCGUCAACAUGAGCAAACCCUCCGAGCCCACAGACCCCAUCCUGGUCUGUGCCGAGAACGUUCCUCCGAGGGUGGAGCUCAACGCCAAGAUGCAGAAGGGUUUGAAGGUGAAGGCCGGAGCCACGAUCCUCUUGGAGGCCGAGGUGUUCGGUAAGCCGAUGCCCAGAGUGACGUGGAAGAGAGCCGACGACAGCCUGAAAUCAGGUGCAGGCCAGACCCUCAGCCAUCACAGAAACCAAUUCCAGCUGGAGAUGACGGCGGUCACCAAGGAGCACACAGGAACCUACACCAUCCUGGCUGAGAACGCUAGCGGCUCCAAGACCGCCGAAAUCCAGGUCGACGUCCUCGACGUGCCCGGACCUCCUGCCAGUGCCAAAUACCUGGAGGUGUUUGCCACCAGUAUCAAGAUGUCCUGGGAGCCUCCUCUGAUGGACGGCGGCGCUCCUGUUAAAAGCUACAUCGUGGACAAGCGUGAGACCAGCAGAGCCAACUGGGCCCAGGUCUCCGCCAAGGUGAAGGGCCCUGUCCUCGAGUUCAACGUGGAGAAGCUGAUUGAGAGUCACGAGUACCAGUUCCGAAUCCGUGCUGAGAGCACAUGGGGAGUCGGAGACCCCCUCGUCACCAACCCGGUCAUCGCCAAGAACCCGUUCACUCUCCCUGGCCUUUGCGAGGCCCCGGUGAUCACCAACGUUGCCAGGCAUCGUAUGACCGUGAGCUGGAAAGAGCCCACCGAUGAUGGAAAGUCCACCAUCCUGGGCUACAUGCUGGAAAAGAAAGAGACCAAGGACAUCAACUGGAUCAAGAUGAACAGGAAGCCUAUGACGGAGAGGAGCCUGGAGCUUACAGGCCUCACGGAGGGAGCCGAGUACCAGUUCAGAGUCAGUGCCGUCAACAUGGCCGGGGUUGGCAAACCCAGCGAGCCCUCGGCUGCCACCACCGCACAGAAUCCUCUCACUCCUCCCGGCCCCGUUGUGAACCCCGGUGUGACCGACACUACCCAGAGCACCAUCAGCCUUGCCUGGACCGCCCCCGCCAACACCGGCGGAAGCCCCAUCAUUGGAUACUUGGUGGAGUGCAAGAAGACCGACGCCGAGAACUGGGUCCGCUGCAACGUCCCCAGGAACCUGCAGGAGACCAGCUACGCCAUCCAGAACCUCAUACACAAGGCCGAGUACCAGUGCCGCAUCACUGCCGUCAACAAGAUUGGCUUCAGUGAACCGGUAGAAGUACCCGGCACGCAUGUUGCCAAGGACAUCAUCAUUCCUCCCCAGGCGGAGCUGAGUGCGGAGCUGAAGGCGGGUCUGGAGCUGCGCGCUGGCGCCAUCAUGAGGCUGCACGCCAUCAUCAAGGGCACUCCCGCUCCCAAGAGCACCUGGGCCAAGAUGAACACCAACAUCAAGGAACGCCCGGACAUCGUCAUCAAAUCGAGUAACACCGACACCCUGGUGAUGGUGGAGAGCGUCAACAGAUACGAUGCCGGUAAAUACAUCCUGAGCCUGGAGAGCACGGCUGGCAUCAAGAUGUACACCAUCGUGGUCAAGGUUCUCGAUACACCCGGUCCACCGGUCAACCUGAUGGUGAAGGAGUCCUGUAAGGACAGCGCCUCCAUCUACUGGGACACUCCUCUGAUUAACGGUGGCUCUGAAGUCACCCACUACAUUGUGGAGAAGCGUGACACUGAGAGGAAGGCCUGGUCCAUCAUCUCCAACAACUGCGACAAGUGCGCAUUCAAGGUGCCGGACCUGGACGCCGGGCGGUCUUACUGCUUCAGAGUGUCGGGGGUUAACCAGCUGGGCACCGGAGAGUGCUGCGAGACGGCCGACUCAGUCAGAGCAUCUGAGGAGCCGGGGCCUGUCAUGGACUUCAAGACUUUGCUGGUCACCAAAGACUCCUGCACGCUGAGCUGGAAGAAACCCCUCAGCGAUGGCGGCAGCCGCAUCAUCUGCUACGUGCUGGAGGUUCUCAACGGCGACGACAAGUACAAGGAGCUGAUGAGGGCCAAGAACUUGCAGUACAGCGCCAAGGACCUGGUGGACGGCAGAGAGUACACCUACAGAGUCAAGGCUGUGAAUGACGCAGGAGAGAGCGCCGCCAAGGAGCUGGUGGUGGCCGCCAAGGACACGAUCAUUCAUCCCAACUGUGACUUGAGGGAGCUGCCCAACAUGAUCUACAUCGCCAAGGAGGGCAGCACCGUCCGUCUGAAGAUCCCAAUCAUCGGCAAACCUACGCCCAAGGUCUCCUGGAAGAAGGGAGACGAGGAAAACCUGACCGACAGCGGCCGAGUGUGCGCCGAGUCUUCUGCGGUCAACACCACCCUCCUGAUCAGGGACUGCCAGAGGAGCGACGCCUCCAAGUACACCAUCACCCUGAGGAACAGCGCCGGAAGCAAGGAGUCCACCAUCUUCAUCAGGGUGGUGGGUAAACCCGGCAUACCAAUUGGACCCAUUAAGUUCAAAGAUGUUACUGCCGACGGCGCGACACUGAAGUGGGUUCCUCCCAAAGAUGACGGUGGCUCAGAGAUCACUAACUACAUCCUGGAAAAAAGGGACUUCAUCACCAACUUGUGGGUGACGGUGUCCUCCGCCGUGGAGACCAACACCAUGAGGGUGACCGGUCUCCAUGAGGGAACCGAGUACAUCUUCAGAGUCUCUGCUGAGAACAAGUACGGCGUCGGAGAGGGACUCAAGUCCGACUCCCUCGUUGCUAAGCAUCCCUUCAACGUUCCAGAUGCUCCUCUUCCACCUGAGGUCAUGAGCAUGCGCCACAACUCCGCUUACCUGGCCUGGUCUGACCCCAGGAAGAGUGGAGGAUCUCCCAUCACAGGCUACUAUGUUGAGUUCAAGGAGAGGAACAGUAUGUUGUGGAAGAGGUCAAGCCCAAGUGCCUUGAGGAUGAGGGAACACAAGGUAACCGGGCUGACUGAAGGUCUGGAGUACGAGUUCAGAGUCAUGGCGGUCAACAUGGCCGGCAUUGGCCGACCCAGCGCUCCCACCGAUCCACACGUGGCCCUGAAUCCCAUCGAUGCCCCCGGGAAACCUGACGUGAUCAGCAUCACCAGAAGCACUGUGACCCUUCAGUGGACCGAGCCGCAGUUUGACGGCGGCCAUAAACUGACGGGCUACAUCGUUGAGAGGCGCGACCUUCCCUCUAAGAUCUGGGUGAAGGCCAACAACGUGAAUGUUGUGGAUCCUGCGUUCACUGUAACCGAUCUGCAGGAGGGCUGCAAGUAUGAGUUCAGAAUCAGGGCCAAGAACUCCGCCGGCGCUCUCAGCCCGCCCUCCGAGCAGACGGACACUAUUAUCUGCGCAGAUGAAUAUGCCGCCCCAACCAUUAUCAUCGAAGCUCAAGUGAAGGAGGGUCUGACUGUCCGAGCCGGCGACACUAUCGUCAUCACUGCCGCAAGCAUUUUAGGCAAACCUGCGCCGACCUCAUGCUGGUCAAAGGGAGGAAAGUAUUUCAAACCCUCUGAUCUUGUUCAAAUUGAGACCACCGCGACCUCGUCCACUCUGUACGUCAAGUACGCCGGCAGGAAGGACUCUGGGGAGUACAUCAUCACCGCCAGCAAUCCCUUCGGUGUAAAAGAAGAAACCGUCAAGGUCACAGUUCUGGAUGCUCCUGGUGUUCCCGGACCCAUCGAAGCCAGCGGCGUCUCCUCUGAAAAGGUCACUCUUACCUGGACAGCUCCCACCGAGGACGGAGGUUCUCCCGUCAAGUAUUACACCCUGGAGAAGAGAGAGACCAGCCGCCUCCUCUGGACCAUCCUGGAAGAAAAGGUCAUCGACUGUCACUAUGUGGCCAACAAGCUCAUCCAGGGCAACGAGUACUUCUUCAGAGUCUCUGCUGUUAACCAGUACGGUGCCAGUGAGCCCUCCCACUCUGAGGCAGUCAAGAUGGUUGAUAGAUUCGGUCCUCCCGGUCCACCAUCUAAACCGGAGGUGGAGAAAGUCGAUGGACAUUCAGCCACUGUGACCUGGAGGAGACCAGCUGAGGACGGAGGAAGUGACAUCAUAGGUUACUGUGUUGAGAAGAAGGAGAAAAAGGGGAUGAGAUGGGUCAGGGCGUCCAAGAAAUCCGUAGCCGAGCUCAGCUACGAAGUCACCGGUCUCACCGAGGACAUCGAGUACGAGUUCCGUGUCCUUGCCGAGAACAGAGCUGGCUUUGGAGAACCAAGUGAACCGUCGAUGCCUGUCAGAACAAUAGUUGUUGCCUAUGUGCCUGGACCUCCAAUCAAUCCAAGAGUCACAGACACAACCAAGACCACCGCCACUCUGAACUGGGGAAAACCUCUUGAUAACGGUGGACUUGAAGUCACCGGAUACGUGAUUGAGCACAAGAAGGAAGGAACAGAAGAAUGGGUUAAGGACACCCCUUCAUAUCCACUUAGGAUCACAGAGUUUGUUGUUCCUGGGCUGGAAACUGGUGCAAAAUACUUCUUCAGAAUUAGCGCGGUGAACGGUAAGGGAGCAGGUGAACCGGCUGAAACUAAGGAACUGAUUGAGAUUGUGGAGCGUGCAGCUGAACCUGGUUUAGAGCUGGACCUUGAGCUGAGAAGAACCCUCGUCGUUAGGGCCGGCUGCUCCAUUCGCCUCUUUGUGCCAAUCAAGGGACGUCCUACGCCAACUGUCACCUGGACGAAGGAAGGUGGUCCUGUCCCACGCGCAGUCAUUGACAGCACCGAGUCAUUCACAAUGCUGAUCAUCCCCGAGAGUUCAAGAAUUGAUGUGGGUAAAUAUGAGCUUACCCUCGAAAACUCAGCUGGAAAGAAGAGUGCCGCUAUAAACGUGAGAGUUCUGGAUUCACCCGGACCUCCACUUAACCUAAAACCAGUCAGGAUCGACAAGGAGAGCAUUAGUCUUAAGUGGGAGAUGCCUCUCAUCGAUGGUGGCGCCAAGAUCACCAACUACAUAAUUGAGAAGAGAGAAUCAACACGCAAGGCUUUUACUACCGCUGUUACUAAUUGCCCGACCACCUCCGUCAGGAUCGGUGACCUCGGUGAAGGCUGCGAGUACUACUUCAGAGUGUCUGCCGAGAAUGAGUACGGCAUCGGUGAGGCGGUGGAAACUGCUGAUCCAAUUCGUGCAUCGCAGGCACCAACUCCUCCAGAGAGUAUUAUUCCUACUGAUAUCACCAAGAACUCUGUGAGCCUGGCUUGGACCAAACCCAGGCACGAUGGUGGAAGCAGAAUUACGGGAUAUGUCCUUGAAGCCCAGAAGAGGGGAACUGAUCAGUGGGCACAUGUGACAGCAGUCAAGACCCUGGACUUCACGGUGAAGAAUCUUAAUGAGACUGAGGAAUACAUUUUCCGCAUCAUGGCUGUCAACAGCUCGGGUAGAAGCGGUCCACGUGACAGCAAACCCAUCAUUGUCAGGGAUUCUACUUCCCUGCCGGAGUUUGACCUCCGAGGUGUAUGUCAGAAGACUGUUAUUGCCAAGGCAGGAGAUGACAUCAAGGUGGAAAUUCCAGUCAUGGGACGUCCUAGACCAACUAUCUCUUGGCAAAAGGAUGGUGCAGCCCUGAAGCUCACACAGAGAACCAAUGUGGAAACUACUGCUGCCACCGUUAUCCUCAGCGUCGGCGAAUGCACCAGAGCUGACAGCGGUGUGUACACUAUGACGGGAAAGAACAUUGUUGGUUCUGUGACGGACAACAUCCUCGUCAAAGUGCACGAUGUACCUGGGCCACCCAAGGGGCCAGUUAACAUCAUGGAGAUAUCUCGUACCUAUUGCGUCUUUGCAUGGGACACUCCUGAGAAUGACGGAGGUGUUCCAAUCAACAAUUAUGUGGUUGAGAUCAGAGACACCACUUCCCAAACAUGGACAGAGCUGUCUUCCACUGUCAUCCGUACCAUGUUCAAAGCCAUUCGCUUAACCACUGGUUCAGAGUACCAGUUCAGAGUAAAGGCUAAGAACAGAUAUGGUGUUGGACCUCCCAUCACCUCCUCGUCAGUGGUGGCUGCCUAUCCAUUCAAAGUCCCCGGACCUCCUGGUACUCCAGGUGUUGUUGCAUUUACCAAGGACUCAAUAACAGUUGGCUGGAAUGAGCCUGUCGUUGAUGGUGGAAAUGAAGUCAUUGGUUAUCAUGUGGAGAGGAAAGAAAGAAGCAGCAUCAUGUGGAACAAGAUUAGCAAGAGUCUCGUGAAAGGAAACCUCUAUAAAUCCACCGGGCUUGAAGAUGGAGCUGCCUACGAGUUCCGUGUCAUGGCUGAAAACAUGGCUGGAAUUGGUAAGCCUAGCAAGGCCUCAGAACCAAUACUGGCCUUGGACCCUGUAGACCCACCAGGUCAGCCUAUGCCAAUAUUUGUCAACAAGAAUGUCAUCACCAUUCAGUGGGAAAAGCCUGAGUACGAUGGUGGUUUCAAAAUCACUGGCUAUGUAGUGGAGAAGAAAGAACUGCCUGCUGGCCGCUGGAUGAGAGCCAACUUCACCAACAUCACGGAGACGGUGUUCACUGUCAGCGGACUGACUCAAGAUGCCUCCUAUGAGUUCCGUGUUAUAGCCAGAAACUCAGCAGGUUCAGUGAGCGUGCCCUCUGAUCCGUCAGACCCGAUUACCUGCAAAGAUGACAUUAUUGAGCCACGUAUUAUGGUUGAUGCCAUCUUUAAGGAUGUUGUUCUCGUGAAGGCAGGAGAGUCCUUCAAGCUUGAUGCUGACAUCGCUGGUCAACCAACCCCGUCGAUGGUGUGGACCAAGAACGGAAAAGAGGUUGAGAACACGAUGAAACUGGACGUAAAGUUCACAGAACUGACAACUCUUCUGACCAACAAGGACUCUGUCAGACCAGAUGGAGGAGAAUUUGUUUUGACUGCCACUAACGUUGGUGGAUUUGCUAAGCACAUCUUUAAUGUUAAAGUGCUCGACAGACCUGGACCACCAGUUGGACCUCUUGACGUGUCUGAUGUCAACGCUGACAGCUGUUUACUCACCUGGGCUCCACCUGCAGAUGAUGGAGGUGCCAAGAUCGAAGGAUACGUGAUUGAGAAGCGUGAGUCAAGCAGACUUGUUUGGACCAAUGUGGUUUCAGACCUACAAAUUACACAAUUCAAGGUGACAAAGCUGCUCAAAGGAAAUGAAUACAUCUUCAGAGUUAUGGCACUAAAUAAAUAUGGACUUGGUGAGUCUCUUGAUUCAGAACCCACUAUUGCAGACAACCCAUAUGUGAUUCCAGAUCCUCCAGGGAAUCCUGAGGUGACGGCUAUCACUAAAGAUUCAAUGGUUGUUAUGUGGCAAGCGCCUGUGAGCGACGGUGGAACUCCCAUCACCAACUACAAUAUUUCAAAGAAAGACAGAAUAGGCCUACGCUGGGUCAAAUGCAACAAGAGGAAGGUCAAAGAUCUACAGUUCAAGGCAACAGGCCUUAUUGAUGGACAUGACUAUAAAUUCAAAAUAGUUGCUGAGAAUGCUGCUGGAGUGAGUGCACCAAGUGCCUCAAGUCCAUUCUACAGGGCCACUGAUGCACUGUACAAACCAGGGGCCCCAUGCAACCCCAGAGUCUUGGACACAACCAAGUCCUCAGUUACUGUCGCCUGGAACAAACCUGUGUAUGACGGUGGCUCGGACGUCACCGGCUACAUUGUGGAGACCUGCAUCCUAUCUGCAAAGGAGGAAGAAGAGGAAUGGACCAUUGUGACACCCAAAGAAGGACUCCGCGCCACUUCGUUCACCAUCAUUAACCUGAAGGAGAACCAGGAAUACAAGAUUAACAUCUCUGCUGUCAACGGUGAAGGAGUUGGAGAGGCAGCAUCUGUACCUGGCAAUGCUAAGGCAGAGGACAGGCUCCUCCCACCUGAGAUUGAUUUGGACGCUGAGCUCCGCAAGGUCGUCAGUCUCAGAGCUUGCUGCUCACUCAGGCUGUUUGUGCCUAUCAGAGGCAGACCAGCUCCUCAGGCUAAAUGGACCAAAGGAGACGGUGAGCGUGUUGAGAGGGCAACUAUUGACAGCACGACAUCAUACACGUCACUUGUCAUUGGAAAUGUCAACAGAUUUGACAGUGGAAAGUAUAAUCUUACAGUUGAAAACAACUCUGGCUCCAAGACAGUUACAGUCCAGGUCAGGGUGCUCGAUACACCCAGCGCUCCACAGAAUCUCAAGAUUACUGCUGUGACAAAGGAAGCCGUCACUUUGACUUGGGAGCCACCAGCGAAUGAUGGAGGAGUUAAGAUCAAGAACUACAUUGUUGAAAAACGUGAGUCCACAAGGAAAGCGUAUGCUACAGUCAGUGCUAUCUGCCAUCACACCACCUUCACAGUAGAUCAGCUCUUGGAAGGAUGCAACUAUUAUUUCAGAGUUUUGGCUGAGAAUGAAUAUGGCAUUGGCCUGCCCAUUGAGUCUGGUGAAUCAGUUAAAGUGUCUGAGAAACCACAGCCACCUGGCAAAAUCACUCUUAAGGAUGUUACCAAGAGCAGCGUCACCCUCUCUUGGGAGAAGCCGGCGCAUGACGGCGGCAGCAGAAUCGGCUGUUAUGUUGUUGAGAUCCAGCCCAAAGGUGUUGAUAAGUGGACCCAGGCUGUGAUUGUACAGGAAACAGAAGCUACUAUUACUGGACUAAAUGCAGGUGAAGAAUACAUGUUCCGUGUAUCAGCAAAAAAUGAGAAGGGAGCAAGCGACCCACGUCAAAUCGGCGUGCCUGUGAUCGUUAAAGAUCUUGUGAUUGCACCUGUUGCCAAAAUGUUGUUCAACACAUUCAGUGUGUUGGCAGGAGAAGACCUGACGGUACAGGUUCCAUACGUUGCACGUCCCAAAGCAGCCAUUUCCUGGGUGAAAGAUGGGCAGCCUCUGAAGAGAACUACCAGAGUCAACUUUGAUGAAACAGACACAAUGCUGCACCUCAACAUAAAAGAGGCUACUAGAGAUGACGUCGGACAGUACCGUAUUACUUUAAGCAACACAGCAGGAGAGACAACAGCAGACAUUGGCAUUGUUGUGCUAGACAAACCCGGCCAGCCGGGUGGUCCAGUUAAGGUGGAGGAGGUCACUUCUGACCGUGUAACCAUCUCCUGGAACAAACCAGAAUAUGUCGGUGGUUGCUCCAUCAAACACUAUAUUGUGGAAAAGAGAGACACAUCCACAACUACCUGGAUGGUUGUAUCUCCGAACCUUGCAAGAACCAAAAUCAAGGCAGGCAGGUUGAAGACUGGCUCUGAGUAUCAGUUUAGGAUCACAGCAGAAAACAGAUAUGGAAAAGGCCCAGCUCUUCUCUCAGAGUGUAUUGUGGCUCAAUACCCAUACAAGCUUCCAGGACCCCCAGGAACACCAUCCAUUGCAGUCUGCUCCAAGGACAGCAUGGUGGUGGCCUGGAAUGAACCUGUGAUUGAUGGCGGAUGCACUAUCUUGGGCUACCAUCUUGAGCGCAAAGAGAGAAACAGCAUUCUUUGGGUAAAACUUAACAAGUCUCUUAUAACUGACCAAACCUUCAAGACCAAUGAUCUGGAACCAGGACUGGAGUAUGAAUACAGAGUUUAUGCAGAAAACAUUGUUGGAAUAGGCAGAGUGAGCAAAGUGUCUGAGGGACGUGUUGCUAGAGAUCCCUGUGAUCCCCCUGGCACCCCAGAGGCAACAAAGAUCACUAAGGACUCAGUGACUAUUGUUUGGACCAAGCCUGAAUAUGAUGGCGGUGCGAAGGUUACAGGCUACAUUGUGGAAAAGAAGGAGCUUCCUGAAGGUCGUUGGCUGAAGGCUAACUUCACCAACAUAAUUGAGACAGAGUAUGUUGCAACCGGACUCGUACAGGACAACCAAUACGAGUUCCGUGUCAUUGCCAGAAAUGCUGCUGGUGUUUUCAGUAUGCCCUCUUACAGCACCGGUCCUAUCACUGCCAAGGAUGAAAUUGAACCACCACGCGUCAGCAUCGACCCAGAGUACACACAGACUGUUGUGGUUAAUGCUGGAGACAACUUCAAGAUUGAUGCAGAUGUUCAUGGCAAACCAUUGCCCUCUAUCCGCUGGAUGAAGGGAGAGCAGGAACUGGGCAACACUAUUCAUAGAGAAAUUAAGGACACGCCCACCAAAGCUUACAUAUCUAUCAAGGAAGCUAAACUUUCCGAUGGAGGACAAUACACUCUGCUGCUGGUAAAUCCAGGAGGAGAAAAGGCCGUAAAGGUCAAUGUCGUUGUUCUAGAUAAACCCGGAGAACCACAAGGACCUCUUGUUGUCACAGGAAUAACCAAAGAUCGGUGCUGCCUUGCAUGGAAAGCACCACUACAAGAUGGCGGCAGCAAGAUCUCUCACUACAUUGUAAAGAGGAGAGAGACAAGCAGGCUAGUCUGGACUGUUGUUGACUCAAACGUGGAGAAGACUUGCUUGAAGGUCACUAAGCUCCUGGAAGGAAAUGAGUACAUCUUCAGAGUCCAUGCUGUCAACCAAUACGGAGUCGGUGCACCACUUGAGUCUGCUACCGCCAUAAUGAAAGAUCCAUUUGCGGUCCCUGGAACACCCAAGAGCUUGGAAGUUUCAGAUAUUAAAAAGGAUUCAAUGGUGCUCACCUGGGAGGCUCCUUCUGAAGAUGGAGGUAGUCCUAUCACUGCAUACAUAAUUGAGAAACAUGAUAAAGAAGGUGUGAGAUGGACCAGAUGCAACAGGAAAACAGUCACUGACUUGACUUUCAAGGUCACUGGACUCAUGGAGAGCCAUAGUUACGAAUUCCGAGUUGUAGCUGAGAAUGCUGUAGGUGUUGGUGAGCCAAGCUCCCCGACUGUAUUCCACAAAGCUCUUGAUCCCGUCUUCAGCCCUGGCCCACCAAACAAUCCAAGAGUAACUGACACAACUAGAACAUCAGUAUUCCUGUCGUGGGGCAAGCCCGUCUGUGAUGGAGGCUGUGAGAUUCAGGGAUACGUUGUUGAGUGCUGCUCUACCACGAUGCCGGCUGAGGCCCCUGCUGAAGCCCCGGCUGCCACAGAAGCCCCUGCUGAGGAAUGGACAAUGUGCACACCACCAACAGGUGUCAAGAAGACCAAGUUUGAAGUUGCAAACCUGAAGGAAAACCAGGCGUACAAGUUUAGAGUAUGUGCUAUCAACAAAGUUGGAGUUGGUGAGCAUGCUGAUGUCUCUGGAGCUGUUGUUGCCCAGGACAGGACAGAAGAGCCUGACCUCGACAUUGACGCAGAACUGAGAAAGAUUGUGACCAUUAAAGCUGGAGCUUCCCUCAGACUGUUUAUUCCUAUCAAAGGAAGGCCCACUCCUACCAUCAAGUGGGACAAAGAUGAAGCUGCACUUAAAGAGACGGCUCAGGUCGAGUCGACCAGCAGUUUCUCGUCCCUUGUGAUUGACAAGAUGAGCAGAAAUGACAGCGGUAAAUACACCAUCACCGCAGAGAACACCAGUGGAACCAAAUCUGCCUUCGUUGUUGUUCGUGUUCUCGACACACCUAGUGCUCCUGUUAACUUGAAAGUGAAAGAAAUUACAAACCAGUCCGUGACACUGGCAUGGGAGCCACCUCUGUUGGACGGUGGGUCCAAGAUCAAGAACUACAUCAUUGAAAAGAGAGAAAGCACACGCAAAACAUAUGCAGCCGUUAAAACAAACUGUCAUCAUCUUUCAUGGAGGAUUGAGCCACUCCAGGAGGGUUGUUGUUACUACUUCCGAGUCCUUGCUGAGAAUGCACAUGGAGUUGGCUUGCCAGCAGCGACUGCCAAUCCUCUUAAGGUCUCAGAGGUACCCCAGUGUCCAAAGAGCUUGAGUGUUACAGAUCAAACCAAAACAAGCAUCUCUUUAGCCUGGGAGAAGCCGGAGUACGAUGGUGGUAGCAGAAUAACACAGUACCUACUCGAGGUGCAACUUAAGGGCCAGGACAAGUGGUCCCCUGUUAACACAUUUAAGACAAUGGAGGCUACUGUCACCAAACUGAACCCAGGAGAGGAGUAUGUGUUUAGAGUUACAGCAAUCAAUGAUAAGGGAAAGAGUGACUCCAAAGUCCUUGCUGGUCCAGUGAUGACCAAGGACUUAGUCUUUGAGCCAGAUAUUCGACCAGCAUUCAGCAGCUACAGUGUCAAAGUGGGCAAAGACCUGAACAUUGACAUUCCCUUCUUUGGACGACCUAAACCAAAAGUCUCAUGGACUAAAGAUGGAGAUGCUAUGAAGUUCACUACCAGAGUCAACAUUCACAACACAGCAACACACACAACGCUGAGCAUUAAGGAGGCAGCAGGUGAUGAUGGUGGCAUGUACGGUAUAAAUGUCGCUAACUCAGCCGGAAAGAAAGACACAUCAGUUGAAAUCGUUGUACUUGACAAGCCUGGCCCUCCAUCCGGCCCCGUGAGGUUCGAUGAGAUCACAACACAGAGUGUCACUUUUUCAUGGGAUCCACCAAAGCACAAUGGCGGUUGCCAGAUUUCAAACUACGUUGUACAGAAGAGAGAUACUACUACAACAACGUGGGAAAAUGUUAGCAUCAACUAUGCCAGAACCACCAUCAAAGUGCCUCGACUGAAGACUGGAUCUGAGUACCAGUUCAGGAUCAUUGCUCAGAACCGCUAUGGCAAGAGUCACGGUCUGGAUUCAUCUUCCGUGGUCGCUCAGUACCCAUACAGAGAACCAGGCCCACCAGGAACUCCAUUCAUCUCUUCUCUCUCGAGGGAUCACCAGGUGGUCGAGUGGCACGAGCCCGUCGCAGAUGGAGGCAGUUCUGUCCUCGGCUACCAUCUUGAAAGGAAAGAGAGGAAUAGUAUUCUCUGGGUCAAGAUCAACAAGACACUUAUCCACGAGCCUAUUUUCAAGAGUCACCCCUUGGAGGAGGGUAUCGAGUAUGAAUACAGGGUUUAUGCUGAAAAUAUAGUUGGCAUUGGCAGAUGCAGUAAGGUCUCAGAGGGCUGUGUCGCCCGUGACCCCUGUGAUCCUCCUGGCACACCAGAGGCCAUCCAUGUGACCAAAGAUACCAUCAUCAUCCAGUGGACUAAACCAGAGUAUGAUGGCGGCAGUAAUAUAACCGGCUAUACUGUGGAGAAGCGUGAUCUGCCAGAGGGCAGGUGGGGCAGGGCCAACUUCACUAAUGUGAUCGAGACCCAGUUCACCGUCACCGGUCUGACUGAAAACGCACAGUAUGACUUUAGAGUCAUUGCUAAAAAUGCUGUCGGCACCAUCAGUAAGCCAUCCUACAACAGUGGACCAAUCACUGUAAGUGAUGAGUUGGAGGCACCCAAAUUCUCCAUUGACCCCGCAUUCACCAAGACUAUUAUCAUCAAUGCCAGAGAGACCUUCAAGCUUGACGCCGACGUCCGUGGCAAGCCGCUCCCUACGAUCCAGUGGUUCAAGGAUGAAAAACCAGUCGAGAAUACGCUCAGACUCGAGAUAAAGAACACAGAAAAUCACGCAAUGAUUGUCAUUAAGGACUCUGUUAGAAUUGAUGGUGGAGUUUACACACUCCAGCUGUCAAAUCAGGCUGGCAGUGAAACUGUUCCAUUCAAUGUCGUGGUCCUGGACAGGCCUAGCCCAUGUCAAGGACCCCUCCACAUCGCAGGAGUAGCUGAAGAUAGAUGCACACUGGUAUGGCAGGCCCCUCUACAUGACGGAGGUAAUCCUAUUAAACACUACCUGAUCGAGAGAAGAGAGACCAGCCGUCUAGCUUGGACCAUUGUUUCCAACAGCUGUGAAAACACAUGCUACAAAGUCACCAAGUUACUGGAAGGCAAUGAGUACAUGUUCCGCGUCACGGCAGUCAACAGUUACGGUGUCAGUGAGCCACUGGAGUCUAGCGGAGUGGUCAUGAAGACUCCAUUUGUUCCUCCUGGUCCAUCGCAUAUUGAGGAUGUGUCCAACAUUGCUCACGACAGCAUGACCGUCACUUGGUCUGCCCCGGAGACUGACGGCGGCAGUGAGAUUACCAAUUACAUCCUUGAAAAGAAGGACAGAAAUGGAAUAAAAUGGACCAGAUGCAACAGACAGAAAGUCACCGAUCUAUCCUUUAGAGCUACGAGCCUAACCACCGGCCAUGAAUAUGAAUUCAGAGUGACUGCUGAGAAUGUAGUUGGAGCAGGAGAGCCAAGCCUUCCAAGUUCAUACUUCAAGGCCAGGGAUCCCACGUACAAACCUGGUGCCCCGGCAUAUGUGAACGUGAGUGACUCCACAAAGACUUCUAUUACGGUGGUGUGGGGUAAGCCUCUGUCUGACGGUGGCAGCGCCAUUCAAGGAUACAUUGUUGAAGUCUGCAAGGCUGAAGAGGAGGACUGGACCAUGGUUACUCCCCCCACUGGCCUGCGUGUCAACAAAUAUGAAAUUACCAAACUUACUGAGGGUCAGGAGUACAAGAUACAGGUGUGUGCUCUGAACAAACUGGGAGUUGGUGAGCCGGCAGCUCUCUCUGGAACAGCUAAGCCAGAGGAAAGGUUGGAACCACCAGAGAUCCAACUCCACUCUGAUCUGAGGAAGGGCAUCACUUUGAAAGCUGGUGGAUCUGUUAGAAUCCAUAUCCCGUUCAAGGGUAGGCCAACACCUGAGAUUAAGUGGACUAAGGAUGAGGGAGAUGUGACUGAAAAAGCGGUGGUCGAGAAAGCUCUCAACUUCACACAGUUGUCCAUUGACUCCUGUGACAGGAGUGACUCAGGAAAAUACACGUUGACCCUGACAAACAGCAGCGGGUCUGUGUCUGAGUUUGUUGCUGUUAAAGUCCUGGACACACCUAGUGCCCCUCUGAAGCUUGUGGUUAAAGAAGUCAAAAAGGACUCGGUCACUCUUGUAUGGGAUGCCCCGCUGAUUGACGGAGGUUCCAAAAUCAAGAACUACGUCAUUGACAAGCGUGAAUCAACCAGAAAGACGUAUGCUAAUGUGUCCACAAAAUGCACCAAGACAACAUUCAAAGUUGAGAACUUGAUUGAAGGUGCUAUGUACUACUUCAGAGUCAUGGCUGAGAAUGAUUAUGGAAUCGGUCAGGCCGUUGAAACAAAGACGGCUUCCAAGGCCUCCGAGGUACCGCUGCCUGUUGGAAAAAUCUCCGUCACCGAUGUCACCAAAGCCACUAUCUCCCUGGCCUGGGAGAAACCUGAGCAUGAUGGAGGCAGUAGAAUUGGUGGCUACCUAAUUGAGAUGCAACCCAAAGGUGCAGAUAAGUGGGGCGUUGCAACUAAUACAAAGACAUGCGAUGGCACUGCCACAGGUCUCACAGCAGGAGAAGAAUACCUAUUCCGUAUCAUUGCUUACAAUGAGAAGGGAAAGAGUGAGCCAAAUGCGCUUGCUGCGCCCAUUGUUGCCAGCGACAUAGCCAUUGAGCCAAGCAUUAAGAUGCAAUUCAACACCUACAGUGUAUUAGCUGGAAAAGACUUGAGGUUGGAGUUCCCUGUGCUUGGCAGGCCCAAACCUAAAGUCACCUGGACCCAGGACGGUCAGCCUUUGAAGAUAACAUCCAGAAUCAAUGCGAUAUGCACUAAAACAACAACUGGACUUAAAAUUACUGAGGCAUGCAAGGAGGACUUUGGCAAAUAUUCCAUCACAGCAACCAAUAAUGCCAGCACAAUCACAGAGGAAGUGGCUGUCAUUGUCCUUGACAAGCCCGGUCCACCAAAAGGUCCACUCAAGGUUGUCGAAGUGAGCAACACCUUUGUUCAUCUCUCCUGGGAGCCCCCGGAGUACAUGGGUGGAUGCCAGGUAAAGAACUAUAUAGUUGAGAAGAGAGACACCACAACUCAAACAUGGCAGGCAGUCACCACACAACUUGCUAGAACAGCUCUCAAGGUCACCAAGCUGAAGACUGGUGCAGAAUACCAGUUCAGAAUCAUAGCUGAAAACAGAUAUGGAAAGGGUGCAUCUCUGGACUCCAAGUCCAUCACUGUUCAAUAUCCAUACAAACCACCCGGGCCUCCAGGAACACCACAUGUCAAAUAUGCAACGAAGGAAAUGAUGACCAUUGAAUGGAAUGAGCCAGUCAUUGAUGGUGGAAGUACAGUCAUUGGGUACCAUUUAGAAAGCAAGGAGAGAAGCAGCAUCAUGUGGAACAAACUGAACAAGACUCUUAUCACCGAUACCGAGUUCAAGAUCUGCAAUCUGGAGGAGGGUAUUGGAUAUGAAUUCAGAGUCUAUGCUGAAAAUAUUGUUGGCAUUGGCAGAUGCAGUAAAGCGUCUGAGUCCUUUGUUGCGCGUGACCCGUGUGAUCCUCCAGGUGCUCCUGAAGCUGUGUCUAUCUCUAAGACCUUGAUCAAGAUUCAGUGGACCAAGCCUCAGUAUGAUGGUGGCAGCAAAGUGAACGGAUAUAUCGUGGAAAGGAAAGAUCUUGCCUCCGCUGAUAAGCACUGGGUAAGAGCUAAUUUCACAAAUGUAGUUGAGACUGAGUAUACCGUCACUGGCCUGACGGAGAAUGAGCAAUAUGAAUUCAGAGUCAUUGCAAGAAAUGCAGCCGGAGUCUUCAGCGAGCCUUCUGACAGCUCUGGACCUAUUACUGCUACUGAUGAAAUUGAACCACCAAGGGCCUCAAUGGAUCCCAAAUACAAGGAUGUUAUUGUUGUCAAUGCUGGAGAACACUUGCUUCUUGAUGCAGACAUCCAUGGGAAACCAAUUCCUGAUGUUGUCUGGCUAAAAGAGGGCAAGGAAAUGGACAAAGCCCUGCGUAUUGAAGUGAGAACUACACAGAAACGUGCAGCCAUUAACAUCAAGGAUGUAACCAAGCUUGAUGCUGGCCACUAUGAUCUCGUUCUCAAAAAUCCGGGUGGUACAAAAACCUUCCCUAUCACUGUCAAAGUCCUUGAUAAGCCAGGUCCACCCGUUGGACCCAUGAAGAUGACAGGAAUCAUGGCUGACAGGUGCAUCCUUGCCUGGUCUGAACCAGCUCUAGAUGGUGGGGCUAGCAUCACUCACUAUAUCUUGGAGAAGAGAGAGACCAGCAGGUUGUCCUGGACAGUGGCUGCACCAAAUGUCAAGGGUCUCUUCUAUAAACUAACAAGUUUGCUUCCUGGAAAUGAAUACAUUUUCAGAGUCAGGGCAGUCAACAAAUACGGUGCUGGCGAUCUUCUCGAGAGUGAAGCCGUCAUUGCACGCAAUCCUUACAAGCCACCUAGUGCUCCUGGAACUCCAGAAGCAAGUCAGAUCACAAAGGACUCUAUGGUCCUGUCAUGGACUGCUCCAGAACAGACUGGUGGAGCUGACAUCGAAGGCUAUCACCUUGAAAAACGUGACAAAGAUAGUGUUAGGUGGACGAAAUGCAACAGAGAAAAGCUGACUGACAACCACUUCAAGGUCACCGGUCUGAUGACAAACCACUUCUAUGAGUUCCGUGUUGCUGCUGAGAAUGAGGCUGGAAUGGGAGACCUCAGUGAACUGUCCCUGCUCACCAGGGCAUGUGAUUCCACAACACCACCUGGACCUCCACACCAUCCUAAGGUGACCGACUACACAAAGUCUACCGUGUCUCUGUCCUGGCGCAAACCUGAGUUUGAUGGUGGUGCCUACAUAAAGGGCUACAUCGUUGAAAUGAGGGAGUAUACACCAGUGCCCGAAUCAACAGAGGAGGCCGAAGUAGCACCAGCAAUAGUGGCACCAGUUGAAAAAGAAUGGACUAUGUGUACUCCACCCACCGGCACACAAGCCACUAAACUCACUAUCACAGACCUGAAGGAGGGUGGAGAGUACCAGUUCCGUGUCUGUGCCAUCAACUCUGAGGGACUGGGGGAGGCCGCUAACGUCCACAGCACCGUGGUUACUUCUGACAGGGUAGAAGCACCAGAGAUUGAGCUGGAUGCCGAUCUCAGAAAGGUGGUAUCUGUCCGCGCAGGUGGAUCUCUGCGUCUGUUUGUCACCAUCAGAGGAAGGCCUGAACCAGCUGUGAAAUGGGAGAAGAUUGAGGGUACUCUCACAGAGCGUGUUGCGAUUGACACCACCAGUUCAUACACCAUGCUUGUCAUUGACAAUGUUAACCGCUUUGACAGUGGCAAAUACUCGCUAACGCUGGAGAACAGCAGUGGUGAAAAAUCUGCUGUUGUUGCAGUGAGAAUUUUGGAUACACCAAGUGCACCACAAAAGUUUUCUGUGAAGGAGCUCAAGAAGGAUUCAGUGACCCUUGCCUGGGAUACACCACUCACUGACGGUGGUGCGAAAAUCACAAACUACAUUGUAGAGAAGAGAGAGUCUGUCAGGAAGGCUUAUACUACCGUCACCAGCAACUGCCUGGCCAACUCAUUCAAGAUUGAAGAGCUGCCCGAGGGAGGCAUUUUCUACUUCAGAGUGUGUGCUGUUAAUGAAUAUGGCCAAGGACAGAUGGUUGAAACCAAAGAGGUCAAAGUGUCUGAGGUGCCGCUGCCACCAAACAAGGUUCGGCUCGUAGAUUUGACAAAGACCAGCGUGUCACUGGCAUGGGACAAACCUGCUCAUGAUGGUGGAAGCAAAGUCAUGUGUUACAACGUAGAGUUUAGGCCUAAGAGUGGAGAUAAAUGGGGCGCAGCGUGCACAGUCAAGGUGACUGAAGCAACUAUUCCUAAUCUGACUCCUAAUGAAGCCUAUUUAUUCAGAGUCAUUGCAAUCAAUGAGAAGGGAAAGAGUGAGCCAAAGGAUCUCGGCUUGCCCGUGGUUGCAAAGGAUGUGGAAAUUGAACCAUCUGUCAACUUACUGUUCACCACAUACAGUGUGAAGGCUGGAAAAGACCUCACUCUUGAGGUUCCAGUAAGAGGCAGACCUAAGCCUGUUGUAUCCUGGAAGAAGGAUGGCCUUCCUUUGAAGCAAACAUCAUCCGUUACCAUCUUAAACACCUUAACCUCAUCCAAAAUCAUCAUCAAAGAGGCUAACAGAGAACAUGUUGGCAAGUUUGAGGUGACCCUGGCAAACACAGCAGGAACUGUCACUGCAGAUAUUGGAGUUGUUGUACUUGAUAAACCAGGUCCACCUAAAGGUGUUAAGGUGGAUUCUGUGACAUCAGACAGCAUCACACUGUCCUGGUCUCCACCAGAUUAUGAUGGUGGCUGCUCCAUCAGUAACUAUAUUGUGGAGAAGAGAGACACAAACACACAAGAAUGGCAGAUGGUAGGAGGUAAUGUCGCCAGAACAUCUUUCAAGGCUGGCCGCCUGACACAUGGAGCAGAGUACCAGUUCCGCAUCUAUGCAGUCAACCGUUAUGGAAAGAGCACAUAUGUGGAUUCACCUGGAAUCACUGCUCAGUAUACCUUCAAACAACCUGGACCUCCUUCCACGCCUAUAGUGAAGUUGGCCACCAAGUCUUACAUGUUGGUGACUUGGAAUGAGCCAGUCAUUGAUGGCGGUAGUCCUGUUGCGGGCUACCAUCUGGAGAGGAAGGAGCGUACUAGCAUUCUUUGGACAAAGAUGAACAGAGUAAUGAUUAAAGAUACAGAAUACAAAGUCAAUGCCAUUGAAGAGGGCAUGUUGUAUGAAUACCGCGUCUAUGCUGAGAAUAUAGCUGGUAUCGGUAAAUGCAGCAAGGUCUGUGAACCUGUAGCAGCCAGAGAUCCAUGUGAUCCUCCAGGCACACCUGUGGUCACCGCUAUUACCAGAACAUCUGUCUCCUUGUCUUGGGCUAAACCAGAGUAUGAUGGCGGAGCCAAGGUUUCUGGCUACACCAUUGAACGAAGAGACCUUCCUGAAGGACGCUGGACAAGGUGCAACUUCACCAAUGUGCCCGAGACCCACUAUGAAGCGACAGGCCUUACAGAGAAUAGCCAGUAUGACUUCCGUAUCAUUGCUAAGAAUGCAGCUGGAUUGUUCAGUGGACCGUCUGACAACACUGGCCCCAUCACUGUCAAGGAUGAUGUGGAUCCACCACGCAUCAUGAUGGAUGUCAAGUUCAGAGAGACACUGCGUGUGAAAGCAGGAGAAACUCUUAAGAUUAAUGCUGACCUGGCAGGACGUCCUGCCCCCGUCGUUUCCUGGACCAAGGAUGGCAAAGAGAUCGAGCUGAGAGCCAGAAUCCAGAUUGUUUCAACAGAUACCAGCACUUCUGUCAUUGUGAAGGAUAGCAUCAGAAGAGAUUCCGGACAGUAUGUCCUGACUCUACAGAAUAUUGGCGGAACAGUUGCCAUGCCAAUAAACUGUGUGAUUCUAGAUAAGCCAGGACCCUCAGCAGGACCUCUGCAGAUCACAGGUCUCACAGCUGAGGCGUGCACUCUGUCAUGGGGUCCUCCUCAGGAGGCCGGUGGUGCUGACAUCACACAUUACAUUGUUGAGAAGCGUGAGACCAGCCGCUUGGCGUGGACAGUGGUGAAGGGAGACAUCAAAAAAGAAUACCUCAAAGUCACAGGACUGCUCAAGGGCAACGAAUACAUCUUCAGGGUUUUGGCUGUCAACAAGCAUGGAUCUGGUGAGGCUCUGGACAGUGAUGCUGUAAAGAUUACAGAUCCAUACACUUUUGCCACUGCUCCAACUAACGUUGAUGUCACCACCAUAACUGGAGAUUCAAUGACCCUCACCUGGUGCAAGCCAGCCAGUGAUGGAGGCAGCCCCGUCACUGGAUAUGUGAUUGAGCGCCGCGAGAAGACAGGUAUGCGCUGGGUCCGUGUGAACAGAGAUCCAGUUGUUGAAUGUACCACAGUGGCAACCAAACUGCGCAGGAGUUGUGAGUAUGACUUCAGAGUCUGUGCUGAAAACGCCGCCGGUCUGAGUCCUCCAAGUGAACGAUCUGCAACAUUCAGAGCAGCAGAUCCUCUCGUUGUUGCUUCUCGCCCAACCAAGCCGAAGAUCAUCACUUCAACCAAGGACAGUGUGUCCGUUGUCUGGAAACCACCGAGAGAUGAUGGUGGUGCCCCCAUCCUUGGAUACAGUGUAGAAUACAGAGACUACAUCCGUAAACCAGAGCCAGAGGUUGAGGGAGAAGAGGAAGAAUAUGAGGAGGAGGAGGAGGAGGAAUGGGAGGUACCUGAAUCACCAGAAGAACUAGCAAGAUGGGUUGAAGCUAUCCCUCUUACCAAGAGCUUGGAGUUCACAAUCACAGGACUAAAGACAGAUGCAGAAUAUGAAUUCUGUGUCAAGGCAAUAAACAAAAUUGGCAGCAGUUCGCGUAGCCUGUAUUCAGAUGGAGCUGCAGCAACGGACAGAACUGCUGAGCCAUCGUUCGAUGUUGACAUUGAGUUGCGUAAAUUACUUAUUGCCAAGCAUGGCACAGCAUUUACUUUGAAUGUACCAUUCAAGGGCAAACCUGUGCCAUCGGUGACAUGGGCCAGGGAGGGCGUUGAUCUAAAGGUUAGAGGAACCAUCGAAUCAACAGAAUCCAGCACUUCACUGACCAUUGAGAAGUCAACCAGGAAUGACUCUGGAGAGUACAGCGUCACUAUUGAAUCACCGUUGGGAAAAGCAACAUUGCCCAUGAUCGUCAAGGUGCUCGACUCUCCUGGACCUCCUGUCAAUGUCAAAGUCUCAGCAGUGACCAGGGAUUCUGCAACCAUCAGUUGGGAAGCUCCGGAGAAUGACGGUGGUGAUGCAGUGAAGGCCUACCAUGUUGAAAAACGUGAGGCCAGUAAGAAGGCCUGGGUGUCGGUGACCAGCAACUGCCACGCGUUGACAUACAAGGUGGAAGACUUGCAGGAGGGAGCCAUGUAUUACUUCAGAGUUAUUGGAGAAAAUGAGCAUGGAGUGGGUGUCCCUCAGGAGGCCAAGGCUGGAACAAAGAUUACAGAGGUACCGAGUGUACCCAUGAAACUUGGAGUUGCGAAUGUUACCAAGGACAGUGUUACGAUUGCCUGGACGAGACCAGAAUACGAUGGCGGCAGCAGAGUCACUGGUUACCUUAUCGAUGCCCUGGAGAAGAGCCAGACCAAGUGGGUGAAGUGUGCCAAUGUGAAGACCAUGAACCACACCAUCAAGAGCCUGAGGGAGGGUGCUGAGUACUACUUCAGAGUUCGAGCCGAGAACCACGCCGGACUCAGUGAACCGAAGGAGAUGAUCGUACCCGUUCUUGUCAAGGAAAUACUUGAGGCUCCAGAGUUUGACCUGAAGAACUACCCUAAGAAUACAGUUUAUGUGAGAGCCGGAGCCAACCUGACCUUUGAGAUCCCUCUCAGCGGCAGGCCCAUGCCUAAGGUGACCAUGUCCAGGAACAACGUUGUCAUCAAGGGAUCCAAGAGACUGCUAACAGAACCAACUCCAGACAGUUUAAUCGUCACCCUAAAUGAAAGCAUCGCAAGUGACGCUGGCAAAUAUGAAGUCACUGCCUCAAAUGCGGGAGGUACCACCAAGAUCUUCAUCAUCUUCGUUGUGCUGGACAGACCCGGUCCUCCUAUCGGUCCGGUCGAGGUCGGAGAGGUCGGAGAGACCACGGUAUAUCUGAAAUGGGCGCUUCCAGAGUACGAUGGUGGCAGUCCUGUCACCAACUACAUCGUUCUGAAACGUGAAACCAGCACUCCUGCCUGGGCAGAGGUGUCAACUAGCAUUGCCAGAAACUCAAUCAAGGCGACCAAACUGACGAAGGGCGAGGAGUACCAGUUCAGGAUCAAGGCUGAGAACCGCUACGGUGUCAGCGACCAUAUCGACAGCAAGCCAGUCAUGAUAAAGCUUCCAUACACCUUCCCCGGACCUCCAUCCACACCAUGGCUGGGCUACAUAUCUAGAGAGAGCCUGACGGUCUGCUGGAAUGAGCCAGUCAACGACGGUGGAAACACUGUGAUUGGAUAUCAUCUCCAGAUGAAGGAGAGGAGCAGCAUCCUCUGGCAGAAGGUCAAUAAGACGGCGAUCACAGGAAACCAGUGGCGAAUCACGAACAUCUGCCCCGGCCUCAUCUACGAAUUCAAGGUGGCGGCUGAAAACGCCGCCGGUAUUGGAAAGCUGAGCAAGACCUCUGAAGAGGUGCUUGCUAUUGAUGCCUGCGAGCCACCAGCAAACGUCCAUAUCACAGAAGUCACCAAGAACUCCGUCAGGCUGGCCUGGCAGAGGCCUCCGUACGACGGUGGCAGCAAGAUUACCGGCUACAGCGUGGAGAGGAGGGAAGCUCCCAGUGACAGAUGGGUGAAGGCCAACUUCACCAACAUCAUUGAGCUCGGCUUCACCGUGUCUGGACUGAGCCAGGACGAGUCUUACGAGUUCAGAGUAUAUGCCAAGAAUACCGUUGGCUCCGUCAGCAACCCAUCUCUCAUUGCUGGCCCAGUUACUUGUGUUGAUGCGUGUGGUGCCCCAGCCAUUGACCUUCCUCCAGAGUAUCUGGACGUGGUUCAGUACAAGGCUGGAGCUUCAGUUAAGCUUAGAGUCGGAAUCAUCGCCAAGCCUCUGCCGACCAUUGAGUGGCUGAAGGAUGGAAAGGAGCUGAUAGCGACCUCUACCCGGUCUAUUGAAAGCACAACAGACUCUUCUGAUGUUCUGAUCAAGGAUGCAGCUCGUUGUGACACCGGCUCGUAUGAGGUCAAGAUCAAGAAUGUUCUGGGCUCAGCAUCUGCAACCAUCAGGAUUGAAAUCUUAGACAAACCUGGACCUCCAGCCGGCACCAUUAACUUCAACUCCAUAACGGCAGACCGGAUCAUCCUCAGCUGGGAGCCUGUGCCUGAGUCAGACCAGGGAGGAUUCAAGGUGACCCACUACAUCGUUGAAAGGCGUGAAACCAGCCGAGUGGUCUGGUCAACAGUUUCAGACAGGCUCGAGCAGACGUACGUCGCCGUCGGCAAGCUGAUGCGUGGAAAUGAGUAUGUGUUCCGCGUAAUGGCUGUUAACAAGUACGGAGCAGGAGAGCCGCUGUUGUCGGAACCCGUCAUCGCUAAAAACGCCUUUGUAACUCCUGGGCAGCCUCACACUCCUGAGGUGACAACCAUCACCAAGACCACCAUGGUGGUGGAAUGGGCCAAACCAGGUGUAGACGGAGGCAGCCCCGUGACGGGCUACUACCUGGAGAGACGCGACAAGAAGAGCUUGCGUUGGAUCCGUGUUUACAAAGAGCCCGUCACUGGCAUCAAACAGAACAUCUACCAUCUGACAGAAGGAAACGAGUACCAGUAUCGCAUCUGUGCCAUCAACAUGGCCGGAGAGGGGCCGUUCUCCGAUGCAUCAGACUGCUACAAGGCUGCUGACCCUGUUGAUCCACCUGAUGAGCCUUGCAAGCUGAAGGUGGUGGACUCCACCAAGACAUCCAUCACAUUGGGCUGGUCCAAGCCAGAAUGGGACGGAGGCAGCGAGGUCACCAGCUACAUGGUGGAGAAGCUUGUAGAGGGAGAGCAAGAAUGGGCCAUGAUUACCUCCAAGGGAGAGGCCAAGACAACCGAAUACACAGUUCAUGACCUGAAACCAGACGUCAACUACUUCUUCAGAGUCUCUGCCGUCAACUGUUCCGGCCGUGGAGAGCCUCUGGAGAUGACGGAGCCUGUGCAAGCUAAGGACAUCCUGGAGGAGGCCCAGAUUGACCCAGAUGUGGCCAUGAGAACUCACUACAUUGUGAAGGCCGGUAAGGACGUGGAGCUGUCUGUUCCCCUGAAGGGCAGACCUGCUCCCACCGUUUCCUGGAGUAAGGGAGAAGAUUGCAUCGACCGGGACCCCAAAUAUGAGUUCCACCACUCGGACACUACCACAGUCCUUGUUAUGCGUGAGGUGACCAAGCUCGACACCGGAAAGUACACAGUGAAGAUAGAGAAUGGAGUGGGACAGCCAAAGUCCCUGACCCUGUCUGUGAAGGUCCAGGAUACUCCAGCUCAGUGCAUGAAUUUGGUCCUGAAGGACGUGACUCGUGGAAAGGUGACUCUCUGCUGGGAGCCUCCACUCCUCGACGGCGGUGCUGAGAUCACAAACUACAUCGUUGAGAAGAGGGACUCCGCCAAGAGAUCCUUCUCCGCAGUGACAAGCAAAUGCACAGAAACAACGUACACCAUGGAGGACCUCUCCGAGAAGACGACCUUCUUCUUCCGUGUGUUGGCAGAGAAUGAGAAUGGUGUCGGCGAUCCAUGUGAUACACUUGAGCCUGUGAAGGCCACAGAGACUCCAGGACCAGUCAAGGACAUCUCUAUGAAGGAUUCAUCAAAGACCUCUGUCACUCUGCAGUGGCUGAAGCCUGAUUACGACGGUGGAAGCAUCAUCUCCGACUACGUCGUUGAGAAGAAGCUCAAGGGCGAGGAGUGGUCUUUGGGAGGAACCAGCAAACAUUGUGAGUUUGAAGUCAAGAACCUGAAGGAGCACUCAGACGUGUUCUUCAGAGUUGCCGCCAGGAAUGAGAAGGGACAGGGCGACUUUGUUGAGACCGGGUCUAUCAAGGUCAUUGACUACAUCAUCACACCUGAGGCAAGCCUUGACGAGUAUCCAGGUGGCCGCAUCAAUGUUCGUCUGGGUCACAACGUGCACAUCGAGCUGCCGUACAAAGGUAAACCCAAACCCUCUGUUCUGUGGCUGAAGGACAACCUGCCUCAGAAGGAGAGCGACCAGAUCCGCUUCAAGACGACAGAAAACAAAGCCACUCUCAUGAUUAAGAGCGUGAAGAAGGACGACGAGGGUAAAUACACCCUGACCCUCGACAACAAGGUCAACAGGAGAUCCUUCCACAUCCAUGUCAUCACACUCGGACCACCAUCAAAGCCCGUUGGACCCAUCCGCCUGGAUGAAGUGAGAGCUGAGAGCAUCAUGAUCUCCUGGGACGAGCCCAACGAUGACGGCGGCGGCGACAUCAGCUGCUACACUGUGGAGAAGCGGGACACCACCCAGAAUGUCUGGAAGAUGGCCUGCUCCAGUGUACUGGAUACUCAGUUCAAGGCCUCCAACCUUAUCAAGGGGAUCACGUACCAGUUCAGAGUGUGUGCUGAGAACAGAUACGGUGUCAGCGAGGCUCUGGUCUCACAGAAUGUCAUUGCCAAGCACCAGUUCAGGCCUCCAGGCCCGCCAGGCAAGCCCUUCGUAUACAACGUCACCAACGAUGGCAUGACCAUCCAGUGGGAGAAGCCCAUCUAUGACGGCGGUACCCCCCUCCAGGGCUACCACGUGGAGAAGAGGGAGAAGAACAGCAUCAUGUGGCAGAAGGUGAACACGAUGCUGAUCAAAGAAACAGACUACAGGAUCUCGGAGCUCAUUGAAGGCCUCGAGUACUCCUUCAGAGUCUACAGCCAGAAUGAUUCUGGCUUCAGCCGAAUGAGUGAUGAGAGCAAGCCCAUCAUGGCUGUCAGUCCUGUUGAUCCUCCCGGCCAGCCUGACUACAUUGAUGUGACCAGCGACUCAGUGACGCUGAAAUGGGAUGCACCCAAACGUGAUGGUGGUAGCAAGAUUACUAGCUACAACAUUGAGAAACGCCAAGGAAAGGGCCGGUGGUUCAAGGCCAACUUGACUGACGUACAUGAGUGCCAACACGCCGUCACCGGGUUAGCAACAAAUGAACGCUACGAGUUCAGAGUGACGGCCAGAAACUCCAUCGGCGUCGUCAGUCCUCCCUCCAACUCCUCCGGCUUAAUUGUGGUCAGAAGUGAGAACUCUUGUCCAAAUAUUGAGUUUGGCCCAGAAUACUUCGAGGGUUUGACGGUCAAGGCAGGAGACAACAUCAGGCUGAAGGCGACCAUCACUGGACGCCCUGCUCCCAGGAUCGUCUGGUACAGAGACAGCGUGGAGGUUACCAAGAAGAUGAUGGAUAUUAUCAACGUAGCUGGAUCCAGCACCCUGUUCGUCAGGGACGCUGAUCGUACACACCGCGGCCUCUACAGUGUGGAGGCUACCAACGGAUCUGGAACCAAGAAGCAGGACAUCCUUGUUCAAGUCCAGGACACACCUGGGGAGCCAGUAGGACCAAUGACCUUCAGCAGCAUCUCAGAGGGUAAGUGCACUCUGACCUGGGAUCCGCCGGAGAACGACGGCUGCUCAGAGAUUUCGCAUUACAUCAUUGAGAAGCGCGAGACUGCCAAGAUCUCCUGGGCUUUGGUGUCCGACGAAUGUACAGCGUGCACUUUCAACGCAACCAAGCUCAUCAAGACCAAUGAGUACCAGUUCAGGGUCUCUGCUGUUAACAAGUUUGGACAUGGCAGACCUUUGGAAUCCAGCCCCAUCAUUGCACAGAUGCAAUACACUGCCCCUGAUGCUCCAGGCACUCCUGAUGCUACUGAGUCGUCAGGAGAGAGCAUCACCCUCUCCUGGACCGCUCCAACCUCUGACGGAGGAAACCCCAUCCAGUAUUACCUCGUGGAGAAACGAGAAAAGAAGACGGUCCGCUUCUACAAGGUGACGACCAAGAAGCCCAUCAUCGAAUGUGCUCACAAGGUUGUCCACCUGACGGAGGAUAUGGAGUACGAGUUCCGCGUCAUGGCCGUGAACGACGCCGGUGUUGGAGCUCCUAGCAACAUCUCCCUGCCUAUCAAAGCCGCCGAGCCGAAGGAUAUUCCUUGUGCUCCAUCUGUGGUGUGCGUGACCGACUCCACCAACAACUCCAUCAGCCUUGAAUGGUCCAGGCCUGCGGAAGACGGAGGCAUGGAGGUCCUGGGGUACAUUGUUGAGAUGGUGAAGGGACAAGAGACCGAAUGGAAGAGAGUAAACGAGGAGCUGGUGGCAGAAACAAAUUACACAGCGACUGGUCUACAGACAGGAGCUGAGUACAGGCUCCGUGUCGCAGCCGUCAACCACAUCGGUAGAGGCGAUGAUCAGGAGAUCCCGGAGCCUGCCCAGGCUGUUGACAGGCUGACACCACCACAGGUGGAUAUUGAUGCCACCUUCAAGCAGACGCACAUUGUGAAGCCUGGAGGCUCAGUGUGCCUGGGCAUCCACUUCAGAGGAAAGCCAGUUCCCACUGCCACCUGGGUGAAGGAAGAAGGAGAGCUGGGUGGCAUGUCUGAGGUCUCAACCACGGAAGGUUACAGUUCUUUAAGCAUUGAGAAUUGCUCGAGAAAUGAUACCGGCAAAUACACCGUUAACCUGGAGAACGCCAGUGGAAGCAAGGCCAUUACCUUCACUGUGAAAGUGAUGGACACUCCUGGACCUCCUCAAGCUGUUGUCUUCAAGGAGGUGUCCAGAGGCUCCGUCACAGUUACCUGGGAGCCUCCUCUCAAUGACGGUGGAGCACGAAUCCAACACUAUAUUGUUGAGAGGCGUGAGGCUAGCCGCCGCACUUGGCAGCAGUCUGGUGGCAAGAGCACAAAGCGAAUCCUGAAGAUCCAGGACCUGCUGGAGGGAGUACCAUACUUCUUUAGAGUCUCAGCCGAGAACCAGCACGGUGUGGGUGAGGCCUUUGAGCUGACUGAGCCUGUCAUUGCCACCGCGGAGCCAGCAUCUCCAAAGAGAAUGGACAUCCUGGACACCACAGACAGCACCGUGGUACUGGGCUGGUUGAAACCAGAGCAUGACGGCGGCAGCCGCAUCCAGGGUUACGUCAUUGAGGCUAAGCCAAAGGGUACGGACAAAUGGGUCGUGUGCGGCAACACCAAGACUCUCACCUACGUGGUUGAAAAGCUCAACAAGGGUGACGAGUAUGACUUCCGUGUGAAGGCCAAGAAUGAAUCGGGCUACAGCGCCGCCAGGGAAACUCUGGUUGCGGCGUUGGUCAAAGAGCCUCACAUUGAACCUGCUGCUGACCUCAGUGAGAUCACCAACCAGCUCAUCACAUGCAGUUCUGGCAAAACGUUCACCAUUGAUGUUCCCAUCAGUGGUAGACCGGCUCCCAAGGUCAUCUGGAAGCUGGAAGAGAUGAGGCUUAAGAACUCAGACAGAGUCAUCAUCCAAACAACGAAGGACAGAACCACUAUCUCAGUCAAGGAAGCCAUGAGAGGAGAUGGUGGCAAAUACUACCUGACUCUGGAGAACGCGGCGGGAACCAGGACCUUCACUAUUGAAGUUAAUGUCACAGGUAGACCCAGUCCUCCAACCGGACCCAUCGAAAUCACAUCCAUCACCUCUGAGUCCUGCGUCGUUAACUGGGAACCACCAGAAGACGACGGCGGCACUGAUAUCACCAACUACAUUGUGGAGAAGCGUGAAUCUGGCUCCACCGCCUGGCAGCUGAUCAACUCCAGCGUCAAGCGCACAUCUCUCGACGUCAGUCACCUGACCAAGUACAUGCAGUACACAUUCAGGGUCUCUGCUGAGAACAAAUUUGGUGUCAGCAAGUCGACUGAGUCUGAGACUAUAGUCGCAGAGCAUCCUUUCACACCUCCUGGCCCACCAACAAGGCCUUCAGUCUUCGGCGUCACCUCGAACUCAAUGACCAUAAAAUGGGAGGAGCCCUACAACGAUGGCGGCAGCAAGGUGACCGGCUACUGGAUCGAGAAGAAGGAGAGGAACAACAUCCUGUGGGUGAGGGAGAACAAGAUCCCCUGCUUCGAUUGCUACAGCAAGAUGGAGGGCCUGGUUGAAGGCCUGGAGUACCAGUUCAGGGUUUAUGCCAUGAACAGUGCCGGGCUGAGCAAAGCCAGCGAGGCCUCCAAGGGAACAGUUGCUCAGAACCCAGUUGAUCCACCAAGUAAGCCAGAGGUCACAAAUGUUACCAGAACCACCGUGUCCCUCAAAUGGUCGUCUCCUCUGAAUGACGGCGGCAGUCCCAUUGUGGGCUACAUCAUUGAGCGCAAGCCGUACACUUUGACCGGCGAAGGCCGCUGGCUCAAGUGUAACUACACCAACGUGACGGACACUUUCUACACCGUCACUGCCCUGGGAGAGGGAGAGCCCUACGAGUUCAGAGUCAUCGCCAAGAACACCAACCAGGUCUUCAGCUUGCCCUCACAGUCCACCGGCUCGGUGCAGUGCAAGACCGACUUUGAGCCUCCAAAGGCCCAGCUGGACAGCAAACUCCUGUCCGAAACCGUCAGAGUCAGAGCCGGUUCAGACCUGGUUCUGGACGCCGCAGUGGGAGGCAGGCCGGACCCCAAGGCUUCCUGGUCCAAGGGCACCAGGGAUCUGGAGUUGUGUGAAAAGUACCACCUGCAGUACACCGCCACCAGGGCCAUGGCCGUCAUCAAAUUCUGUGACAGAGACGACACCGGGAAGUACAUCCUCACGGUCAGGAACGUGAGCGGAACCAAGACGGCCGAGGUCAACGUCAAAGUGCUCGACACCCCCGGAGAGUGUGAAGGCUGCAUUGAGAUCAGCAAGAUCACGGAGGAGUCGUGCACGCUGAGCUGGAAGCCUCCUCUGGAGGAUGGCGGCGACCAGGUUUCCCACUACAUCGUGCACCGGCGCGACACCAACAGACUCAACUGGGUCGUCAUGCACACCGAGUGCAAGGAGCUGACCUGCAACAUCACCGGACUGUUCAAGAACACGGAGUACAUGUUCAGAGUCCGGGGCGUCAACAAGUACGGAGAGGGAGUCUACAUCCAGUCAGAGCCCAUGAUCGCCAGAAACACCUUCACCGUGCCGACUCCUCCUGGAACUCCAGAGAUCCUGGUGUCAGGAGAGGACUUCGCCACCAUCGAGUGGCUAAAGCCGGAGAGCGACGGCGGCAGCCCGCUGAUCCAUUACCUGGUGGAGAGGCGCGAGAGGAAGAGCGCCCGCUGGGUGAGGGUGAACCGGGACGGAGCUCACCUGGACACCAUGCUGAAGGUGUCCGGUUUGACCGAAGGCAACAUCUACCAGUUCAGAGUGACGGCCAUCAACAAGGCCGGAGAGAGCGAAGCCAGCGAGGUUUCUCUCUACGUCGUCUGCAGAGAGCCGACAUGCACCCCUGCUCCUCCUUCCAUCCCUCGGAUCAUCGACACCCACGCCGACAGCAUCAGCCUGGCCUGGUCCCGGCCCGUGGAUGACGGAGGAGCCGACGUGAUGGGCUACAUCCUGGAGAUGCAGGAAGCCGGAGCGGAGGAAUGGAAGAAGGCUCACGAGAAGACGCUGCGUACUGCAGAGCACGUGGUCCCGGGACUCUCAGCAGGCAAGAAGUACUGCUUCAGAGUGGCCGGCAUCAACAUCAACGGGACCGGAGACUUCAGCGAACCGUGUGCCGAGACGGAGCCGGUGGAGAGGAUCGAAACUCCCGACUUUGAGCUCCACGAUGACCUGAAGAAGACCAUCUGCCUGCGCGCCGGCGGAUCCCUCCGCCUGUUCGUAAGCGUCACCGGUCGUCCCGCUCCCGCCAUCACGUGGAGCAAGCCCGACGUCGACCUCCACAACAGAGGCUUCAUUGACGUCAGCAGCACAUCCACCACGCUCAUCAUCGAAAGGGUCCACCGCUACGACGCCGGCAAGUACACGCUGGUCGCCGAGAACUCUGCCGGGAAACAGGAAGUCAACAUUCUGGUCAAGGUCUACGAUACUCCUGGACCAACUGGACCGCUCAAGAUCAAGGAGCUGACCAAGGAGUCUGCAACCAUUUCUUGGGAAGCCCCAACUGUGGACGGCGGCGCUCCUGUCAACAACUACAUCAUCGAGAGGCGCGAGGCUUCCAUGAGAGCGUACAAGACCGUCACCUCCAAGUGCAGUAAGACGUCUUACAAGAUCGACAGCCUGAUGGAGGGCAUGCUCUACUACUUCCGGGUCCUCCCUGAGAACAUCUAUGGCAUCGGCGAGCCCUGCGAGACUCCCGACGUCGUCCUGGUUUGCGAGGUGCCUCUGACGCCACUCAAGCUGGAGAUGAUCGACGUCACCAAGACCACCGUCACCCUGGGCUGGGAGAAGCCCGAGCACGACGGCGGCAGCAGACUGACGGGCUACGUCAUCGAAGCCUGCAAGUUUGGCACUGACAAGUGGAUGAAGGUGGCCACGCUGAAGACAACGGACUUUGAGCACACCAUCGACAAGCUGAACGAGGGCGAGCAGUACUUGUUCAGAAUCAGAGCGAUCAACAGCAGAGGAGCCGGCGAGCCCAGAGAGCUUGUUACUGCCGUCACCGUAAACGAACAGAGAGUAAUGCCCGUGGUAGACUUCUCCAGUAUUCCUCAGAAGGUUGUCAACGUCCUGGCCGGCAAAGCUCUGGAGCUGGACCUGCCCAUCGUCGGCAGGCCUCCUCCCGUCUGCUCCUGGUACUUCAGAGAUAACAAGAUGAAAGUCACCGACCGCGUCAAGAUCAAGAGCACCGGCAAGUUCUCCAAACUGACCGUGUCUGACACCACCAUCGACGACACCGGUGACUACAACCUGGAGGUGAAGAACGCCGUCGGUGUUAUCAGCGAGGUCAUCAAGGUCAUCAUCCUCUCUAAACCUGAUGAACCGACGGGACCCAUCAGCAUCGAUGAGAUCGAUGCCACCACCGUCAGCUGCAGCUGGGAUCCUCCAGCCAGAGAUGGCGGCGCUCCCAUCAGCGGCUACGUGGUGGAGCAGCGUGACGCUCACAGACCCGGCUGGGUGCCUGUCUGCGAAUCCGUCAGCCGACCGACCUUCAAGUUUGUGAACCUGAUUGAGGGAGACGAGUACGUCUUCCGUGCAGCUGCCAUCAAUCGCUACGGCACCGGAGAGUACCUGCAGUCUGAGAUCGUCACCUGCAGGAGCAUGAAGAACGCGCCUGGACCUCCUGGCCGUCCCACCGUCUUUGAUGCUUCCCGUGACAGCAUGACCGUGGCCUGGAACCCGCCAGAUGAAGACGGCGGCCUUGAGGUUUCUGGAUACAUCAUCGAGCGCAAAGAAGUCAGGUCUGACAGAUGGGUGCGCGCCAACAAGAACCCCAUCACCAUGACCAGGUACAGGUCGACGGAGCUGAUCGAGGGCCUGGAGUAUGAGCACAGAAUCACUGCCAUCAACGCCAGAGGAGUGGGCAAACCCAGUCUGCUAUCCAAACCAGCGGUGGCAACAGAUCCCAUCGAUCCACCUGGCUGUCCUCAGAACCCGAGGAUCACCGAUACCACCAAAUCCUCCGUGUCACUGGCUUGGAGUCCUCCCGACGACGAGGGAGACGCCAGGGUGGACGGUUACCUGAUUGAGAUGCAGAAGGCGGGCACCAUGGCUUGGGUCAAGUGCAACACCACCCCAUCGCUGAUCUGCGAGUACACGCUGACCAAAAUGCCACAAGGAGAGGAGUUCAAAUUCCGUGUGAUGGCCUGCAACGCCGGCGGCUCCGGAGAGCCUGCUGAAGUGCCUGGAACCGUCACUGUGACUGAGAUGCUCGAAUCUCCUGAUUAUGACCUGGAGCUGAAAUACAAAGACGUGUACGUGGUACGCCACGGAGGCGUGGUUAGACUCUCAGUGCCCAUCAAGGGUAAACCUCAACCAAUCUGCAAGUGGUUGAAGGACAGUGGUACAGUCUCUGCCAAGACCAUGAUCGCCUCCACGGAGGACGCCAGUGAGCUGGUGAUCAAGGGAGCCGAGAGGAGUGACUCCGGCGUGUACGACCUCCUGCUGGAGAAUAAGGUUGGCAAGAAGAAGGUUCAAAUCAAGGUGAAGGUCAUCGGACGCCCAAGCGCUCCAGAGGGACCGAUGGUCUUUGAGGAGAUCCAGGCCAACUCUGUCAAGGUGUCCUGGAAGACGCCCACGGAUGACGGUGGCUCCGAGAUCCUGGGGUACAUCGUAGAAAGACGUGAAGCAGCCAGGAAUGCCUGGUACACCGUGGACUCCAGAGUGACUGACACUCAUCUUGUUGUCAAGGGCCUGAAGGAGGGAACAGAGUACCACUUGAAGGUCACAGCUGAGAACUCCUUCGGUAUCAGCGCCUCUCUGAAGUCGGAGCAGCCACUGGUGCCCAAGACUCCUCUCUGUCCCCCUGAGCCUUCAAGCACCCCACCAGAGAUCAUGGACGUCACCAAGAGCUCUGUGGCCUUGGCCUGGUCCAGACCGAAGGACGACGGUGGUUCUACCAUCACUGGGUACUUUGUUGAGUACAAGGUGGUGUCCGCUGAGACGUGGUCCCGACACCAGACCAAGAUCGCCUCCACCAUGUUUACUCUGUCUGGACUCACCCCUGAUGCAGAAUACCAGUUCCGCGUUGUUGCCGUCAACAGCAUCGGCGAGAGCGAGGCCGGUCCUGUGUCUGACCCAGUCACAUGCAAGGAUCCAUUCGACAAGCCAAGUCAACCAGGCGAGAUCGACACAGUGAACGUCACGAAGAUGGCCAUCACCAUCCGUUGGCAGGCUCCAGAGUGCGACGGUGGAAAGGAGGUCUUGGGCUACUGGGUGGAGUACAGGAGGUUCAUUGACAGCACCUGGAAGAAAUCCAACAAGCUGCGACUGAAGGAGAAGGAGUUCAUCAUGGUCGGACUGGCUGAGGCCACCGAGUACGAGUUCCGAGUGUUUGCUGAGAAUGAGAGAGGAAUGAGUAGACCUCGCCGGACUGCCACAUGCAUCAGGACCAAACUGAGUGUUGAAACUAAACCGGGUCUGAGAAAGGAAAUGGAUGAAGUGACUGCCAAGCUCGGCCAGCCUGCCGUCAUGAAGUGCCAGAUUAUUGGCAGACCCGUCCCUGACAUCAAGUGGUAUCACGACAGCAAGGAGAUCGUUGAGUCUCGCAAGUACGAGAUGAGCUCUGAUGGCCGCAACCACUCAUUGUCCAUUAUGACGGAUCAGCAGGAGGACGAGGGACAGUACACCUGCAAGGGCAUCAACGACGCCGGAGAAGCCGAGACCACGGGCGUUCUGGUGUUGGAGGCUGCUGCGAGCUUCCACCCCGACUACCCGCUGAAGGAAACCUACUACGCCGGCCUGGGUUCCACUCUGCGCAUCCACGCCGUCUACAUCGGCCGCCCCGAGCCAAAGAUCAUGUGGCUGCACGGGGCGAAGACCCUGGAGAACACCGACGACAUCAGCAUCGAGACCACCGAGCACUACACACACCUGGUGAUCAAGAACGUGCAGCGCAGAGUCCACGGAGGCAAAUACAGGAUCAGACUGCACAACCACUUCGGCAGGGCUGACACCGCAUGCAAUGUUGAGAUUUAUGACAAACCUGAUAUGCCUCAGGGUCCCAUUGUGCUGGAAGCUCUCCUGAAGAACUCUGUCAUCAUCAGCUGGAAGGCUCCCAAGGACGACGGCGGCUGCAUGAUCACCAACUACAUUGUGGAGAAACGUGAAGACAAGGAGGGCACUGAGUGGGAACUGGUGUCGUCAUCCAUCAAUGGCAUAUCUUGCCGUAUCCCCAACCUCAGCGACAGCGCCGGAUACUUCUUCCGUGUGUACGCCCAGAAUCGCUAUGGCAACAGCGAACCGCUGGAACUCACUUCCCCUAUCCUUAUCAAGAGCCAACUGGAGAGACCAUCACCACCUCUGUCACCGGCUGUUUCUGGUAUCACCAAGGACUCCUGCGUGGUUUCCUGGAGGCCUCCUCUCAGCGACGGCGGCUCCAAGAUCAAGAGCUAUUACCUUGAGAAGAAGCACAAGAAGGACAAGAAGGAAUGGAGCGACUGGACUCCGGUGACCACAGACGAGAUCAAACAGACGGUGUUCUCCGUCAAGCGUCUCACCGAGGGAAUCGAGUGCAUCUUCCGUGUGAAAUGCGAGAACCUGGGAGGACAGAGCGACUACAGCGAGGAGACCGCUCCCGUGGUUCCGGCCACGGCCGUUGAAGUUCGUGCUCCCGCCUUCAAAGAAGAGCUGAGGAACAUGAGCGUCAAGUACAAGAGCAACGCUACCCUGGUCUGCAAGAUCACAGGGAGCCCUAAGCCUGUGAUCAAAUGGUUCAGACGAGGAAAGGAGAUCCACUCUGAUGGAAAGAAGAUCAAGAUCCAGGAGUUCAAGGGAGGUUACCACCAGCUGGUCAUCACCGAGGCCGAUGAGGAAGACUCCACUGUGUACCAGAUCAGAGCCACCAACCAGGGAGGCUCCAUCUGUGCGACAAUCUCUCUGGAUGUUGAAGUCCCCGCCAAGAUCAACCUGCCGAAGAACCUGAAGGACAAGGAAGCCAUCCCUGCCCUGCGUGGAGAAGUGAUCAAUAUCAAGAUUCCUUUCAGCGGCAAACCUGAUCCUGUCAUCACAUGGCAGAAGGGACAAGAUCUCAUUGACAGCAAUGGCCACUACCAGGUCAUCGUCACCAGAUCAUUCACCUCUCUGGUGUUCACCAACGGAGUGGAGAAGAAGGAUGCUGGUUUCUACAUCGUCUGUGCCAAGAACAGGUUUGGCAUCGACCAGCAGACGGUUGAGCUGGAUGUAGCUGACGUUCCCGAUCCUCCACGUGGUGUCAAAGCCAGCGACGUCUCUAGAGACUCGGUCACACUGAACUGGGUGGCCCCGGCGAAUGAUGGAGGCAGCAGGGUCAUCAACUACAUCAUUGAGAAGUGCCCCACCACCGCUGAGAGGUGGGAGCGUGUCGUCCAGUCCCGUGAUACCCACUACACCGUCACUAAUCUUUUUGGAGGAACCAGCUACCAGUUCAGAGUCAUCGCUGAGAACAAAUUUGGACAGAGUGCUCCCUCCGAGUCCAGCGGACCCGUCAUGACCAAGGAGGACAAAUCAAGAGUUCUGCUCUAUGACCGGGAGGUUGACGAUUCUGGACGUGUGCCUAAGGGCAAGAUUCACUCCGAUGCCAAGAAUAUGCACACCAAAUAUGCCAUUGCAGAGGAAUUGGGCAGAGGUCAGUUUGGCAUCGUCCACCGCUGUGUGAACAUCAGCUCUGAGAAGACCUACAUGGCUAAAUUCUUCAAGGUGAGAGGCGCCGAUCAAUCAAUAGUCAAAAAGGAAAUUGCAACGCUGAAUAUGGCCAAACAUACCAACUUCCUGCUCCUCCAAGAGUCUUUCGACAGCCCAGAGGAGCUGGUGAUGAUCUACGACUUUAUCUCUGGCGUUGAUAUCUUUGAGCGAUUCAGCAUGACGGAGUUUGAGUUUAAUGAACGCGAGAUCGUCAACUACAUCAGGCAGAUCUGCUCAGCUCUGGAGUUCCUGCACGCUGAGAGCUACGGACACUUUGACAUCAGACCUGAGAACAUCGUGUACGCGACUAGAACCAGUUCGAAUGUGAAGAUUAUUGAGUUGGGCCAGUCCAGACACCUGACUCCUGGAGACCAAAUCAAGAUCCAGUACAUCACUGCAGAGUACGCUGCCCCUGAGAUCCACCAGUGUGACAUGGUUAGCACAGUCACUGACAUGUGGUCUGUCGGUGUCCUCGCCUAUGUGCUCCUCAGCGGACUGAAUCCAUUCACAGCUGAAACCAACCAACAGAUGAUUGACAACAUCUCCAACGCAGCCUACAGCUACGAUGACGAGUCCUUCAAGCAGGUCAGUGUUGAAGCAUUGGACUUCACAGACCGCUUAAUGACCAAGGAACGUAGGCAUCGUAUGAAUGCUGCUGAGGCUCUGGCGCAUCCUUGGCUGACCAAGCCUGCAGAGGAGAUCAGCACCAGAGCAAUCCAAACAGGCAGGCAUAAGAGAUACUACCAGACGAUGGUGAGGAAAGAGUGGAAGACGGUUGUCUCUGCAGCUCGUAUUGCCAGCGGCGGCUCCAUCAGAUCCCAGCGUGGCGUCUUUGUUGCCAAGGUGAAGAUCGCUCCGUUUGAACACGGUCCCAUCGGAGGCCAGAUCGGCCAUGCGGUGGUGAAUGAGGGAGACAACUUCAAAUUCAUCUGCAACAUCGACAACUAUGAUAGCACUACUGAAGUGACGUGGUACUGUGGUGUCAGGCAACUUGAAGCUGGUGCCAAAUAUGAAAUAGAGUAUGAGGAUGGCCUAGCCGUGAUCACCAUCAACAAGGUCACAAGAGCCGACGAUGGCACCUACAGAUGCAAGGUUGUGAAUGAGUACGGAGAGGACAGCGCCUACGCAGAGAUGUUUGUCAGCGGUGUUAGAUCUUACCGCGACUUCUUCACCGCCCGCGUGGUCAAGAAAACAAAACGCAGAAUUGACACUGCCAGAAUGCUUCAGAAGCCUCCAGAGUUCACCCUUCCUCUGGUCAACAGCACCGCCUACAUUGGCGAGGAUGUGCGCUUCGGCGUAACCAUCACGGUUCACCCUGAGCCUCGUGUCAUCUGGCACAAAUCCGGACAGAAGCUCGUCCCCGGACAAGAUGAAAAGAAAUACACCUUCAUCAGCAACACGGGCCUGUACCAGCUGAUUAUCCACAAACUCGAUGUAGAGGAUGAUGCUGAGUACAGCGUCGUGGCCCGUAACAGGUACGGCGAUGACAGCUGCAAGGCUCGUCUUACCAUUGUUCCUCGACCUAAACCAGCGGACCUCACCCUGAGGCCCAUGUUCAAACGCCUGCUCGCAAAUGUCGAGUGCAGGGAGGGCCAGAAUGUGCGCUUUGAGAUUAGAGUCUCAGGCCAUCCCAUGCUGAAGUGGGAGAAGGAUGGCACGCCUUUAACCUUUGGACCAUCUAUUGAGGUUGUCCACGAGGGUCUGGAUUACUAUAUCCUACACGUGAAAGACACUCUCCCCGAGGACUCUGGUGUGUACAGAGUUACUGCCACCAACUCUGCUGGAUCCGCCAGUUGCCAGGCCACGCUCAAAGUAGAUCGUGCCACUCAUGUAAAGAAGGAAUAUGAGCUCAGCGAAAAGGAGAAACAAAAGAUAGCUGGAAAGAAGGAAUUAGAGAAAAAGGUGAGGCUGUCUCAGAUCCUGUCCGACACUGUAUUUAUACCUCUACCCCGAUAGCGGUACAAGCUGUCAGGGAGGGCGGCCACCAUGUUCAAACCUGCAGUGACCACAAAGAAGGGCGAGAAGACUGAAGCUGAGAUACAGAAAGAAAAAGAGGAGAAGAAGAAGCGGGCGGAUGAGAAGAGGCUGCGUAUGCCCUACGACGUCCCGCCGCCUCGUGUCAUUAACCCGGCCGUUCUUGAGGUAGACUUGGAAAUAAAACACUUCCAGCCGCUCUCUGACAUGAAAUGGUACAAGAAGCUGCGGGAUCAGUACGAGUUCCCCGAGCCCAUGGAUAAAAUCAAGCAGAAGAGGAUGAAGCGUAUUCGCCUCUCCAGAUGGGAGCAGUUCUACGAGGUGCCCAUCAGGAUCAAGGACCAGUAUAAGCCUAGGUGGCGCAUCUCGUCCUUGACUCAGGAUGACUUGGAGACCGUGAGGCCCGCAAGGCACCGCACUCCGUCCCCUGAGAUGGAGGCCUAUCACCGGAUCCGGAGGAGGUCCCUGGGCGAUCUUUCAGACGAGGAGCUCCUGCUCCCCGUGAACGAGUACCUGUCGAUGAAGAGAACCGAGGAGGAGAGGCUCCGUCUGGAGGAAGAGCUGGAGUAUGGUUACUCUGCUUCUCCACCCAGCCUCAGCCCGGUUCGCUUCGAGCUGUCCGCCCUGCGUCCCUCAUCUCCCAGAAGAGUCCACAGCGACGACGAAGAGGGAGAAGAAAUACGCAGAUAUGACUCCUACCGAAUUCCAUCUAAGUACGAGGCUGGCCCGAGUUACGUUCAGCUCCGCCAGCGUCACGACAAAGCCACGUACAAACCUCCAAGACAGAAAUCGAGGGUGUAUGAAGAGAGAGAAGAUCAAGAGCUGCUGCGCCCACAUACAACCGUUCAGAGGAUGUCCGCCUACAAGAGUGAACUCAAGCGUAUGGAGUUUGAGGAGAAGACCCGAAGCUUGAGAAAGGAAACAUCUGUCACUGUUGCGACCUACUCUGAGGAUGUUGAAUCUGAGCAUGUGUCAGGUAUUACCUCCGAAUAUAUUCCUAAACCAAUCAAAAGCUAAAUGCCUGAACCAGAGAGGAGGAGAUCUCCUACUGCAGUCAAGACUGACGUGACCUUUCCUAGAGUUGAUUUUGCUUCCAGGUAUGAGGAGAGGAAGCAGGCUCUGAGAUUAGAGAGGAGAUCGGUGGAGAGGACGUUCGAGGUGGUGACACAGGCUCCCUUCAGCCUGGACCACGGCCCACGUAUUACCAUCAGGAUGCGAUCUCAUCGUGUACCCUACGGGUCCAACACAAGGUUCACCCUGAAUGUCCAGGCCAAGCCGGAGCCGGAGGUCAAGUGGUUCCACAAUGGAAAAGAGAUUCAUCAGACCAGCAAAUACCACAUGACCAACAUCAGUGGCGUUCUGACUCUCAAGAUCAGCAACUGUGAGACCGAAGAUGCCGGCACUUACCGCGUGGUCUGCAAGAACACCAUAGGAGAGACUUCUGACUACGCCACGUUGGAUGUAGCCGGAUCAGAAUACUCCGCCUUCUCUUCACGCCGCGGAGACGAGGAGCCUCCAUCCUCCCAUCUGCCAGAGAUGACCAGAACAGAGGUGUAUCACGUCUCCUCCUCUAAAACAACAGUGAAGGAAAGUGUGACUGAAAGUGUGAAAGAGACCACCACCGUGGUUGAGAAGCGAAGGGAGAAGCCCAGCACUCCUGCUAAGAUCCUCACCAAACCCCGGUCCCUGACUGUGGAGGAGGGAGGCCUCGCCAGGUUCGAGUGUGAUGUGGAUGGCGAACCAGCACCUUCUAUUACAUGGAUGCACGAAGGAGCGGUUGUCGGUUCCUCUGCCCGUCACCACAUCGUCUCCACUCAGUACAACUCCUCCUUCGAGAUCUCUGCUGUGGAGAUGUCGGAUGAAGGCAGCUACACUCUGCUGGUGGAAAACGCCGGAGGCAAACAAGAGGCCCAUUUCACUCUGACCAUUCGCAAGUCUGAGUCCAAGGAGAAGGUAGUCACCACUACCAGAAUCACCUCCCCAGAGGCCAAGUCCCCUGAACCAGUCAAAUCUCCUCAGAGAGUCAAGUCCCCUGAGCCAAUCAAGUCACCUCAGAGAGUCAAGUCUCCGGUCUCACCAAAGUCCCCGACACCAAAGUCCCCCACUCCCAAAUCCCCAACUCUAUCCGAGAAGGAACUGGGGACUGUACGAGGCUCCAAAACUAAAGCUGAGAUCUCCGAGGAAGUCAUGAAAAAGGAACUGGUCGAAGAGGAGAUUCUGUCCUCUGUGAAGGAGGUGAAGUCCUCUCACAGCCAGAUGUCCAUUACAGAGGGCCAGUCCGUGACUCUGAGGGCCAACAUCCCCGGGGCCUCCGACAUCAGGUGGAUCCUGAACGGGGAGGAGCUGGUUAACUCAGACCAGUACAGAUACGGGGCGUCUGGGAGCGACCAGACCCUGACCAUCAGGUCGGUCGGCCAGUACGAGCAGGGGGUCGUCACAUGUCAGGCUCAAACCAAGCGAGGCCUGGUCCGGUGUCAGUUUGAUACCGCGGUCACGGCCAAGCGCUCGGACGCACCCCACAUCCUGGUGCAGCCCCGGUCCCAGAACGUGGACGAGGGACAAAAUGUCAAAUUCACAUGUGAGAUAGCGGGAGAGCCGUCCCUUGACGUGGAGUGGUUGAAAGACAACAUGAUUAUGUCUGUCACAUCAAACAUCAGGCUGAGCCGCUCCAAGACGCUGUACACUCUGGAGAUUUGUGAAGCCACAGUGAAAGACAGCGGGAAAUACACUAUAAAAGCCAAAAAUCAGUUUGGACAGUGCUCUGCGACAUCCUCCCUCAACGUCCUCACUCUUGUUGAAGAACCAACAAGAAUGAUUAUUGUGGAGCAAAGAGCUUCUACUGAAUCUGCUGCUGCUGCUGCUGCCAGCAUGCAGAAACGUUUCUCUGGCUCGUCGGUUCAUAUGGAGGCAGCUUCCAUGCAGGCCGGCAGUUACAGCAGCAGCUCCCGCUCUGCUGCCACCGCCACCGAGUAUUCAUUUGAGAGCAUGUCUGCGACUAGCAUGUCUGCCAUGAUGGCUGAGUCAAUGGUUUCCAUGAGCUCCAGCAGCCAAAUGAUGGAAAUGUCCGCUCACUCGCAUGCCGAGGCCUCCUCCUCUUCCUCCUCCUCCUCCUCCUCGCUGAGGGCGCUCACAGCAGGGGGCAAAACAGGCACUCCUCCAAAGAUCGAAGCUCUUCCGCAGAACGUCAGCGCCGAGCCGGGCAAGUCCCCUGACCGUGGCGGGGGCGUUCUCCGGAGACCCGGCGCCCUCCGUCCAGUGGGUUCGCUCGGGUCGGAGCCUCCCCGACGGGAACGAGCGCUGCCACGUGGAGAACACCGCCGACCUGUCCACCCUGGUGAUCUCCGCGGUGAAGGAGGGCGACGCUGGAGCGUACACCCUCCGACUGUCCAACGAGCUCGGCUCCGACUCCGCGACCGUAAACGUUCACGUUCGGUCCAUGUAAAGAAAAAAACCCAAAAGUUAAUUUAUUCCCCCGUUUCCCGUCCAGAACCCUUUUACUUAGUGAAUUAGCAACGAUAACCUUCCGUGAUAAAGAUCUGGAUUCUUGUAAAUAUGAACUAUUUUUGUACCAUCUUGACAUUAAUUUAUGCCAAACUAGACUAAAGUCUAACGUUGUUAUAAAAUGUGCCAUAUUGGACAAUUAUGACUUAGAGGAGUUUUGAACCACUUUUCUGUGACAUGUACAUAAUGUAUAUAGCCGAAGUUAACGGUUAUGAGGAAUGUAUGCAUUGUUAUUUAUGACAAUAAUAUGAACUGAAACUAAAGCUAACAGGAGAAAGUUCCAGCAGGAACGAAUACCCUGUUGACCUGAGAACUAAACUCUGCGCCUCAACGAUAAGUUGAAGUCUAAGAUUGCCUCGGCAGGUAGAGAGGCUCCCUGCCGACGUCCUGAAACACAAAGACAGUUAUUGUUCUGGACACGCUGCGAUGUCUGCGUGCGAUAUUACAGUUUCCUACGAGUUGUACCGUGAGCGUAAGACCCCGAGUGCUGUUUGCAUCACCCUCAUGUACGCAGCACGACGCGGCCUUGUGCUCAGACCGACUGUGUCGUACCACCAACGAUUUGAUGACCCGCUGAGAGGGCGAGCGGCCUGCACUCUCAGCGUUUUUUAUUAAAGAGCGCCGUUUCUGCACAGGACGGCCGGACGGCUCCUUCAAAACGUAACAUCUCCUGGCUAGAAUGAAGGAGGAAGCCGCCGCCGGCUCUGCUGUGCAGACGCAGCGCCGUCUCUCGGAGGAUCUCUAGCUAACGUGUUGUUGUGUGUUGGAGUGUUUUUGUAGCUUGUAGUCGGUAGUCAGGGUCGUCUUCAGUCGCCACGGGGACGCCACCUCCCGCGAGACACGACAGAAGUCACGAUGUCCUGCUCUUUGAUUUAUUGAUCUGUUGAACUGUAUUUCAUCCUCCUUGAGUUUUAUGCAUUUCUGAUUUAAUAAAGCAUGUUUUCAGCACGA